ACACGUGACAGAGGCUCGGCGCUAUAUGAGGAAAAAGGCAGCAAGCAUCAGGACCAGUCGAGAGUCAGUCAACCACAGCAGCGCGCAAAACGCACACUCACUCACUCACUCACUCACUCUCUCUCUCACUCACCGGCUCUUGUUUUCCGCUUUCUAUCAAGCAACACAUGUGAGUGUUUGCAGCGCUUACAGGACACGGACGGCACGAGUUUGAGUGAGGAAACGCAGGUAAACGGAAUCUAAGCUCCCACUAAAGAAGAGGAAAGGAAUCCCUCCACCCUCCCCUUUACCGCGACCACCUUUUUCCUACUCCUCAAACCUCUGUUCUCUUCUGGAGACACAAGUUCCUCACACAAAGAGGGAUGCUGCAUGUUCCCGAGCCGCACUUGCACUCAGAGGGAACCUAAAAAGUGAACCGGAGCGGAUUUACUUCUCAUCUGAUGCAAGGUAUACACCGACACGUUAUUUCACGGAGAGAUUUGGCGACUAUUACGCACGGUUGCGCUCGUUUUUGGAGGGUGGGCAGUACGCACUGCCUUGAAAUUCUUAUUGUUCCUCCACAUUUAUACACAAAGGAGUUGUGCAUUUUUUUGUUUUGAUUCCUCUUUUAUCACCUUCAAACAUCACUGUUUAGCAAGGUGUUGAUCUGAGUCUAUAGAUUUCACAGUAACCUCAUUUGUCAUUCUUCCCGCAGCGCACCAAAACGGACACUUUGAGUGACUGGAGGAUCCGCGCGCUUCAUAAAAUGAUCCCAAUCGGCGACGUGAUACCAUGUCGCAUCUCGGCUGAUGUUUGACACAUCUGAGGAGCGACCAAAGAAACUGGAGGAGGACAUAGCAAAGUCAGAUAUUCAUCCCAAGCCCCGCUGGCACCUUUUUACUGGAGUCCGAACAACCGAUCGCCGUCCAGAUGCAGUUUCGACUCUUCUCCUUCGCCCUGAUCAUAUUGAACUGUAUGGAGUACAGCAACUGUCAGGCGCCUUCGCACCGCUGGAGGAGAAACAAAAGAGGUAACGCGGGGGUUUUAGCCUACAGGUCUUUUAGGAGCAUCACAGGGGGGGACUUUCGCAGAUGGUCAGAGUUUGUGUGGGUCACAGGAGGCGGCGGCUGCAGUCCUGGACAGGGUUUCUCGCACGUUCUGUCAAAGUCCGUCGUUUAAUCCUCUUCACUGGUGUUCAUUUCAAGUAGGUUAGCACAAAUCACAGCGCGCACAAAGCAGACGAGUAACUUAAAAUUGUUCAAAUUAUCUUUUAGUUCAGAUUUUAAGUCCUUAAAGCACUAAUGAGAGAGUUUCUGACACAACGCGAAGAGAGAUUCAGGACAAAUCCAGAUAUUCACGCUGAAAAACAAAAUUAAUCCAAACCACAAUUCAGUCCUUCAACAUCUGAUGCAACUUAAGAACCUCUUAAAAGAACAUUUUUCAGCAUUAUGUAACGAUUUCAGACUCGGUAGCUAAUGCGUAAAAUGUGCGCAAAAUUGGCCACGCGUGUGGCUUUCCAAAAUUAACAUUAAAACAUGUUGCGUCAGGGGAUUGGCUAAUAGUGUUUAAACCACGCUGUCAGACGGGCUAUUAACGCUACUUCCCGGUGCUGUGGCCCCAACAAAGAGCUCCCUAUAUUAUUUACAUGUGAAGCUGCUAAAAAGCUGCUGGCGCGGAUCCGUCUAUAGAGAGCAGGCGGCUUAUAGAAAAGGAGGGGGUCGAAUUGUGGGAGUUAUUCAAUGAAUAGAUACGGAAUCCCCUUCCUUUGACUUAUGAAUUGCACAUCUCCACUCCAGCCCCCUAAGCUGGUUUUAAUUGAUCUCAUAACCACUUUGAACAGUUGGUAGGAAACCCGCAUGACAAUCGCUCAGCGGAGGCGCAGGGGGCUGAGGAGGGGAUCAGCCCCUUUGUAAAUACUACUCCAUACUCUGAAUGAAUGAGGAGACAGUGGGAUUAGCAACGUAGCCCCUGUAGAGCCCUUCUCAGACCUGUGACAUAACGCAUCAACCGCGAUCCGCCGGGUCAACAUGAGAGGAGGCUUAGUCGCACACUCGGACCUCGUAGCGGACUUGGAGAGAGCUCUAGAUCGCGCGCACAGUGUGGCCGUACAGUCGAAGAAGUCAUUUAAAGUCAAGGGAGAGGGGGGUCUUGUAAAUUGUAAGGCAAUCACAAAUUUAAUCAUAUGCGCUGCGUGCCAGGGGGAACCUCCACACUCUGCAAGCCCUCCACUGCCCAUCUGCAAAUAAUCAGGCAAUCACUGCGGGGUACUGGCACACACACGUUUUUCAGCUCCUCUGUGUGUUUCUUUCUCCGAGGAUUGUGUGAUCUUAGAUAGAAGGAGAUGGAAUGUAAUUUUCUCGGUAUGAUCAAUCUUUUUUUUCUUCUUGCUGGAACUGUUUGAAUCUGGAGGGUAUUUUGGACGGUCCAGCAGUAAAUCCAGUGUUAGUAUUUGUACUAAGGUGCUUCUUUAUGUGUUGUUUGUUUGAGAGGAAAAGAGGGAGAGAAGGUGGGGGGUUCAAGGCGGAUGGGAUCAGGGGGUUAACUUACACAUUUGACCUCAAGAACAGCUUUAGGCUGAGUACUAUAAACUACACAUUGUUACAGCCAGAACGGAUGUUUCACUUGUCAAACUAAUCCCAUGCAAAUAUGUACAGUUUUUUCCUUUACAGUGAUGCUGAGAGAGAAAGUGUGUAUAUGUGUGUGUGUGUUUUUUUUAUUUUUUUUGUGUGGAGGGGGGUAAGAUCCCUUUGGGCCAAAAGUGCCAUUCUUGCAAGUAGUGGCAGUCAGCCAAGUUUUUGGUAUUUGCUUCCUUCCUUUAUUUAUCACGGUUAUAUUGAAAGAAGCAUGUGUAAGAGAUCAUCGUCCAAUAGGCCCAGAAAUGCUUGAAUAUUUUCUUAGCCCUCAAGGUUCCUGUGACAGCUUUAUACACAGCCUGUCUGGCAUGCAGGGGGAGCAAUCCAAACCGUUCAGGAGUGUUGAGACCCAGACAUGUUCGAACCUCAAUUUGGCCAUUCUGCGCUCCACAGGCAUAACAAUUUUAUGUGUAACUAAACACAUAAUUCAACAGAUGCCUUUCUCAUUUUUACAUGUGUGUUAAAAAAAAGUUCUGCCGUAAAAAAAAAAAAUCCAGCGCGUGUGCAGCCACAUAAGCCGGUGAGGUGUACGGGAUUGUGAUGUCAUUAUAAUUAGGGGAUGUCAAGGAGAAAAACAGCCAUUGCUUAUGACUCGAGUCUCCUGAAAUGUACCAGGGCAGGCAAGAUUGGGAUCUUUGUGUGGUUUCUGGGCUGAUCUUGUCUUGCUCCCUCAUUGCAUGGCAUGACCCAACCUCCCAUUUGGCUGUGGUAACUGUGCAUAUACAUGAUUUUCAUGUUAAACAGAUGACAAAACAUAUUAAAUUUACACCUCCUUACCCCCGAUCCUGUCCACUGAAAUGAUGCCAGUGAGCCUCUCUGUGAUAUCAUAGGUAGACACAAGGGUAUUACUUUUCAUUUUUAUUCUCUGGCUAAUGAUGCCACCUGCUGACUACAUAAAAUCAGGCUGGACUUCCAAUGCAGCCUGCAGGAACAGACACACACACACAACCACACAGAGGGCCCCUAAGAAGUUUAAACAGGUAAUGAAUGGAUAAUAGCAGGCGAAAGUGGUGAAAAGUUGCCAUGUGAUACUGUUAGCCUCCCCUUUAUGUACUCAAAAAAUACCAAAUUUGAAUUCCCAGCAGGCUGCAGCAUGUUUCAGAUCAAAUUCAAAUGCGUCAUCUGUUACUCUGACAGCAUUCCCACAAAAAUGAUCAGAUGAAACCAGCGCACCAAAGCGAGGUGGAGGGAAUGAGGUCAGAGAUGCGUGAGUUAUUGUGCAGUUGAUGACAGUUAGCAACAGGGGUGUGUGCGGACAGCUGAAACACGCGCAAAAAGGUAAUGAGUUGAUGUUUAACAUUAGCCUCUUUCAGCAGAGACACAUCACCCUCAGGUAUUUGUCUUCUGUCAGAAGAGUUUGUGGAAAAAAGUGUGAUUUGAGCACAUAUUUGUAAACCAAAGUGCAGUUUUUGGCUGUGUGAAUUGAAGAAGUACAGCAACUUGGGAGCAGAUGAGCAUCCAAACAGUUGCCUCGCUUUUUUUAAGCCCUAGGAAAUCAGGCCUCAGUGUGCUGAAAGCUCACACAAAAUCCCAGGUUUGUGGGUGUAAGUGUUAAUGUUGGAACCGGGUACUUCAGUGCAAUAUAAUACGUUGAUUAAGUGCCUAGUGAGAAGAGGGAGCGCUCCAAGAGGCUGCUUUAAAACCAGCCCUCCACUCUCGCCUUUGGAAAAAGUGAAAAGGCCCUGCAGAUGGCACGUCUGUUAACAAGGCCUUCUCACAUGAUGCCACUCUAAUCCAGGUGAUGUGAGCCCUGCAUCCUGGCUUUUUUUUUUUUAUUCCACCAAACAGAAGGAGUUUAUUCUAUGAACAUGAAACACUAGUUUGCUCAUUUAUAGGAAAUGUUGAAAAGCAAUCUGACAUUUGACAGCUUGGAAAAAAACAGCAGCAGCAGCCCCUCCUUCCUCAUCCUCAGAGUCGGUACUGGUUUAGGAGAAGUGGGGGCUUUUUCGGGGAUGAGGAAGGCGCAUUUAAGCAGAUCAGCUGGAAACGGCUGAAUGUGAACAGCAUCACCUGAGAGGGAUUACAGCGAGCCGAGUCUUGACCUGAGCCGGAGCUCCGGCGUCAAGGAACAGAGCUCUGUCUUUUCUCUCCCAGGCCCCAUCAGCCAAACCUCAAUAAGUGUAAAUCUGUGUGUGUGUGUCUGUGUGUGAGAAAGAGAGACUUACAGAUACAUAACAGGUGCAUGUUGCUGAUGCUCUAAUCAAGACAUCAAGUCCAGAGUGACACAUACUCCCCCUCCAGCCUCAUCCGCCCCCGACUCCUCCACCAAUCACAUCUACGGUCCGUCUCGGGGAUUAUCAUGGCCAUUAAGGACAAUGAUUCACUUAUGUGCUGUAUUGAUAAAUCACAUUAGUCUGACCCAGCCUCCGAACUCUGUCGAAAGACUAGCUCCUUGUUUGACCUACUAACCCAUGCAUGUCGAUCCUGGCCUGUAGCGCAGCUCCAGCUCCGAGUCACAGCAGUAUCAGAUGAAGCCGGUGAAAGGCUCCUCAGUGCGCUCAUGCCAUGCUACACUGCCGAAAAAGCCCAGCAGAGGAAAAAACAUGCAGUGGCAUGAACUUUCUCCCUCGAGAGGCACAGAGAGAGAUUCUUUUGGGGACCACGUGACGGAGUGGGGAUGAUCUGUUUCGCCGUUUCUCAGUUUUCCCCUUGGAUAAAAAUAAGACUUUUGUCUCCAACCUGUAAAAAUGAUAAACAAUUUCCCGUUUAAUUGGCUAGAUGGCGUCUUUUCUUGCAGGAUUGCAAACUGAGGCAAGUCACUGAGAGGAGAUAUCCAUCCAUCUACUCUUUGGGGACUUUCCUCUUGUUUAUCCCUCAUGGAGGAGAAAUCCUCACAUUUCACUUCAUCGUAAACUUAUGUGUCCUUUCCAUUUUUCUCAUACAUUCAAGGGAAUCCUCUCUUCCUCCCUCAUUCAUUGUCACCAGAGGUUCACAUGCUGCUAAAACUAAAUGCCAAACAGAUGGUUUCAUUUUAGACUACAUUUUACCACACUGUAAAACUUCAUUUUUUUCGGAAAUGUGAAAUAAAACUUACUUAUUGUAUGAAAUCUUCUAACCCGCUCCACAUUUCCUCGUGGUGAUUGGAAACUCCUGAGCAUUAUACAAAAACGGCAGUGUCUCUCAAGAGCGCGAGGGCGGUUUCGUACCCUUCACCUAUGCCCGUUCCCUCAAUUGCACACUCCCCCAGAGCAAUUACACCUUAAUACGUUUCCUUAUAAAGCUACCAAAUGUGACCAGCCAAUUUGGUACGAUUCUCUCAAGUUUAUUGGGUAGUAAAAAAAAUCUAAUGUGGGAAUCAUUUGUAAGUGCCACACAUAAAACAACAACACAAAAGGGUAUUUUUUGAAAAAAUGACUCAUACCAAGGCUUCACAGGUAGGAGAGCUGCCCAGAGCCGGAGAUGGAGCCCCUCAGGCUUACACUGAAAUGCACUUCCAGACUACUUACCUCUCACAUUACUAACACACACCUCAGUGAAGAGCUGUUUAGAGGUAAUGACGUAGAUACAACAGGCAUUCAUUGUGUUUUUUCCCCACUGACUUUAGUCAUAGGAGCUGUUAAAGAUUGACAAUUUCCCCCUUUGCUGUUUACAGCAUGAAGUUAAAAAAAGAGUUGGUCACACAGGAAAACAAACUUAUGAGCAGUGCUUAAAUACAACCGCAAGUCCAAGGAAAAGCAGAAAAUACAGUGUAACAUGUUAAAACAGACAAUUUGAUAGUUUGUAAUUUUAAACUUUUAAAUUUGUGGUAAAUAGUGCAAAAAUAAUGUUUCAAACUGAAAAGCUUUUUAUGAAAAAAAGAUGUUCAAUUUAAAUAUGAUACCAUCAAGAAGUUUUUUUAAAAACAGGACAGGGAAGAAAGAACUCUGAAAGUGUUUAAAAAGCUAUUUAAACAGGUUCAGACCUCGUGAGAGAGACUGCAAGAGCAAAUAGUUCAGUUGUUAUAGAGUGAUGUUUGAAAGCAUGAAAUUGCAAAGAAUUUGGAGAUUUUACUAUCCACAAUACAAAUUAUCAUUAAAGAGAUUAUGAUCGUUGAGAUAGUUCUGAUCCCAGAGUCCUUGGGAAACAAAGACUGGUCCUUUGUGGAAAUCAGAUAACUGGUGAACUGAAGUGUUGCUUUGUGAUAAAGAUUGAUUGAUUAAAUUUUGGGCUCUCAGAUAGCACUGCUUUGAAACAGACAUGACUAUAUCUUGGAAAUCUCACCAAAAACUGCUGUCUGUGAACACAGACUACAAAUGUAGGCUAAAACUGUACAAAGAGGGAACUACCUAUGAAUGUGACUGAGAAAUGUCAAAGUCCUGGUGAAGUUGAAAACUGUUCUGUGGUCUGAAGAAAUCAAAAUUUGAUGCUCUUUUUGGAAAUCAUGGACUCUAUGUCCUCUACUCUAAAGAGGAAAGGCCUGUUAUCAAUGCACAGCCAAUGUUCAUGUGUAAGUGCUCAUGUCAUGGGCGGCUUAUAUGUCCAGGAUGAUACUGUCGGUGCUGAACAUCACAUGGAAGUUCUCGAGUAACAUAUGCUGCCACCCAUUUCAGUCUUGAUGUUAGGUGUGGUAUAGAUUUCUGAAUCCAACUAUAAGCAGGACAGUAAUUUAGUCUAUUUCUUUUUUAUGAGGCGUUUAAGUUAUAAGUCUAAAUUUAAUUCUCCACCUGCACUAAGUGAAUUAAAGUGCCCUGUAGAUUGGAUUUUUGGUUUUCAGUGUUUCGACAUCAGGCUACACUCUGUAUGCAUGUUUGCCGUGUUAGUGUGUUCUUCCACGUGCGUGCGGUCGAGUACCUACUUUGCAUCGAUCUGCAAAGCCUCGAAACUUGAAACUCCGGGAGGCCCCCUUGAGAAAAUACACUAACCUGUGCAGAAACAAACCUGCCCCAAUCCUGGUUUGAUGCUGGAGUCUAAAUGCCUGUUCCAAUGGCUGCUAGUCUUACAAGAGCUCGGCAUAGAGAACUGAUGGCUUCCCCCGAGCCCACCCUUUAACACCCGACAGAUGGACAAGACUCCUUUUUUCCCCCUCUGCCUGCUUUUAUGGGACCUCUAAUUAUGCUUACACGCCACAUCAAAAUAAGCUCAGCAUGCAAUGCCUUUGGUAUGGAGAGGAAGUGAGCUGGUCAGAUGCAAUAAAGGGUCUCUCUGCAGAGCUCGCCUGUAAUUUGGCGGCCCGGGUAUUGAAGUGGGAGAGGUACAGGUAAAGGUGCAGCCGCCCUACUGUUGCCCACUGAUUGUCUGAUGCACCGAGCCUCUGCUAUUAUUGGUGUUGAAGCAAAAUUGUCAAAAUUGAUGAGCUUUUGUAUUGAAAAAAUAUCGCUCCUCAUUUUCUGCCUGCAGGAUGAAGAAGUAAAAGCGCAGGAAGUUGUAGGAUAUUUAGCUGCAGUGUUGGUGCAUAUCAGCUAAAUCUGUAUUAACCUCUGUUACUGUUUUGAUAUAAUUCAAUCUUAGGUUGAGGUAAUGUUGGUAAUUUAGCACAUUUGGACUAAAUGAAGACAAACUCUUGGAAUUACUUGGGCUAACUGAGACCGGAGCUUUGACUGCCACAGAUGUAAGCCUUACACCGGAGUUUUUGCUUUCUUGGGCAUGGAGCUUUGUUGAGGCUGGCUCUCGCUCAUAUCUCAUAAUUCUCAGGACUUUUGGUGUGAGGAAAGGAAGGCCUCACGGCUGCCUGCGGAGUGCAGAAGCACCCGGUGUGUUUUUAAUCAAGAACAAGGCUGGGAGUCAUUACUGGGCCUCAAUGUUGGGCUCAUUGUCUCUCUGACUCCCUCUGUGGAGAGAGAGGAGGACAGAGAGAGUGGGGGGGGAACAGAGAGGGCAACAUAGCGUGCAUGUCAGCUGUAAAGAGGUCUUAAAGGGUCAUACCCUGAAGAUUUAUGUUGUCAGAAGAGAAAAGGAAGAAGGUUCUGGGAAGUGAGGAUGCACAGAGAAAUGGAGGUGUGAUAAAAUGAGGUAUGCAUCUGUCCGUUAUCGGAGCAAAGCAAAAGGAUUUUGCAUCAAUCAUGGGACGGGAACUACCUCUAGGUUAGCCUCGAGGCAGCAGAGUGAAGCCCUCGUUCAGUCAGAGUUAGUCAAGCUAACGUCUUGAAACUUGUCACUCCUUGUGUUUACUUCUGUGAUAAGAAAGCACACGUCUUUUUAGAGGAGCUGCAGGAAAAUAGAAGAAGAAAGCUUUUUUCCUCUCUGCGAUAUAUACUGCCAUAUGGAAAACACAGGAAUGAGUACCAGAAAAAUGCUGUUAACUUUAAGUGCUCAGAAGCAUAUUUCAGUAGCACAUUGAUGGUUAUCCUGAUGCCUGAAAAAACAGAGAGACAAGGGGAGGAGAGAGUGCAGGUGGAGGGACUCAUAACUGCGGGUUACUUCGAUGAAGAAAUGACUUACUUAGACUUAUGAAUCAGUAAAUUCUGUAGUUGGGUGAAUGUUUGAUCUAAGUCAUAUGGUUACUCCCAAUUGCAGAACAACUCACCAUCUUCUGCGUAUGAGCUUCAUAUGAUUUACAUAUACUUCAAGUAACACUGUUCAAAUCUCUGUAGCAAAAUCAAACAUCUUGCAGGUAUUCAGAUGGUUGCAGCGUGGUGGCUCAUGUGCAUAUUUGACUCGGUUUCUCAAUGUGUUCAUGAAAUGGGCUGCAUCUUGCACAAUGAGGGAAAGGUGACAGCAUGACAUGUUUCAGGUCAUAUGACUGAUAUUGCAUAUCUUGUGAUGGGACUAUUGUGUAUGCAGACAGCACAAUCACAGCGUUCACACUAAAUUGUUCUGCCCUUGUUACUGGAGACUUUAGACUCCAGAGAACCAAAAGUUUUGAGGGUUGAGUACGGCCAAACUCAAGAAUGUACACAACUGAUUGAUGUCAGUGUUUGUUUAUUAUUUAUAGAUUCUAUGAUUACUCUAAUAGUAUUUAUUAAGAUACCUUGACAUUACAGUAAUAGUAAUGAGGUCUGAACGCCUUAAAAAUAGAGUUGAGUACAUCCUGGCUGAAAGGCGUCCUCAUCGAUCCCUGUCACAUUCAGGCUUUUUUCUUUGGGUGGAGACAAUGUCUUGUCAGUUCGAUCACAGCUCACAGUUGGCUUCCAAGACUGUUGCAGCUGGGUUGCAUAAGUCAGACGUAGAUGGGUGAAAAAUACAAAAAGAAAUCUUUACUCAUAGAGGGCAGCCACAAGGUUUGGAGAGAAUGAAACCAUGGUCGGUCAAAGACUAGAUGCCUCCUUAUCAGGACAUCUUAACAAAAUGACAAAGAAACUUCAGGUUUACUUGAUUUUGUGUGUCACUGUUGGCCGAGCCUCAGUUGAGUUUCUUGAUCUAAGGAUUGUGAUAUCGACCUGAACAAACUGACCUUAUUUGUUUGAUGAUUUAGCUGCAAUGUGGGUGUGACUUCUGGGUCAGUUUGAUGUAUUUCCAACUUUCACUCUUUGCCUCUCCAUAUUUGGUCCCCUCCAACUGUCUUGUCAGGAUUCUGGCAUUUUAAUAUUAUUUAUUUGCAGUCAGAAUCUGAUGGAACUAAGGAAGGAUACAUUUAACAUGUUUGAAAGCUUGGCGAUACGAAUACUGCAGGUGUUUUGGCUUGAGGAGUGACUCUUAUAACUAACGGCCUUUCUGCUUAAUACAUGCUUGCAAAUUCAGUAAGUUUUUCAUUGAAUAAAUACCUGAUACAUCUCGGCAUAGACUGUGUGAUAACUGGACAUAGCAUGGGUGACAUCACCCAUUUGUUUGUGAGGCAGAGUUUUGAAGCUAAUUAGUGGCGGUCGCCAUAUUGGAAAUGCUGAAUCAAUGUAACUUUCUGUUAACUUAAGAGUGGCGGACCUUAAGCUGCCUUGCACGUGAUUAGUGUGCCUAUCUGUCAGUUAAGUAAGCCAUGCCUCUGACUUGCCAAUCAUGUAACUGCAGCUUUUAACACUGUCAUAUUAGCUAAAUUUCUCAAGGCUAGAGGUUACAGCUUGAAUGCUCAGCUGAAAGUCACCAACUAACAGAGUCACUCCUUAAAACCAAAACACCAUCUGCUCUGAAACCAUCGAUAUCCUGUCAGAACUCUAUGUAACUUGCAACAUCAAUAUUGUUUCUGGAAUAUGACCAUCAAAAAAGCAGACGUUUUGAAGCUGGUGGCAGUUUAACUUCAGUGUUCGAAGUUUGCCAAGUCGUCUGGACGAGUUGUGCAAAGUUCCCCUUCUGUUGCCAAAAUAUGCACAAAUAUUUUUGAUGACACCGGCUUUAAAUGGAUCUAUAGGUCUUCUGUAUCUUGUUCUUCCAAACCAAGAUAUUUCAACACAACUAGGCCCAAAAUCCAGCAGUAUGAGCCCAGCCCUGUUCAAUGUAGUGCAGUGCAUGUCUGGACCAGUGGUUGUGUGGUUGUGGUCUUUGUUGUUGUUUGUCUUGUCGUUCCCUGUGUUGUCUAAACCGGUGUAUGUUUCUGCAUUUUUCCCUGGCUGCAUGCCACGAGAGCUGAGGACACGGCUCACAAACAUGCACACACAAAGAAAGUGUAACAUGAGAGAGAGAGAGUUUGGAGGUCUAAUUUUAGGAGAAAUUUGUAAGCCGUGUUAUAAUUUUAACACGGCACAUAUUUAUGUUGCUCUUUGUCACAGAGAACAUCAAUUGUGGUGCUUUGGUUUUGACUUUCUUCUUCCAUCAGCGUUUCUGACUAGUUUUGUUUCGGGAUUUAGACAAUGGGGACAAGGCUGUGGUAGAGACAGAUGCUAGACACAAAAGUACAAAGAUUUAAAAGAAAUCCAUUAACAUUUCUCAGAUUCUUCGCCUCUUUUCCCCUCCUCUAGUUAUGCACUUGUAUUACAUCUUGGCUGACUUCUCCUUAACUGGAUAUUAUUUUAUUUGGACUGGAGCCAGGGCUCAGGAGCGGGCGGCCUUAGCUGUGUAAACAGCUGUCACCAGCAGGAGUCAUAACUAAUAGGUACCCGUAGACAGGGGUCACAUGUAGUUUACAUGUUUACUAGCUAAUGACUUUCGAGAUGGUACUGCCUCGGUGCAGUAAUGGGCAGUGGUGAAGUGUAAUGGACAGUGUAGGGCUGGUUAUCAUCACCAAGCAUGUGCGUAAGAAACAGCUCAUGAGCAGGACUGUGAAGCUCCUGAGAGGAGAUUUUGCUGAUUGUAAAACAGACUGAAAUUAAAAAUGAUGCUUCUGCAUGACUUGCAAUAAAUUUCGAGGUGUCAUCUUCUAACCUCUUUUCCGACUCUUUCGAGAUGCCCACGUGAGGUUGAAUUAUUGUGUAUCACUUUGGAACGUUGUUGUAAGAACAUCCACAGCAUGACAACCCAAUUUCGCUGCUGAUUUGUUGCAGGAAACACUGCGGCAUGUAGGCACAGGAAAGGUACAGCUUUGUGCAACUCUUGCUUCAAUGUAAUGAUACACUUGGAUUUCAUACCACCCAGGAAUUUUGGAGGCUAGUCUGUGUUCUUCAUCUCAGCGUUGAUUUUAUCGCAACAUCUUACACCUCCUUAAGAUCGUAUCUUACCCACGUUCUAAUGAAAGCUUACUACAUUUUUUUUUUUUUUAAGUGAAAUGUCAUGUUUCCAAACCCAGAAGCACUUUUACUUAAAGGAAAUUGGCUUUUGCACCACUGUUGUGGCUGCGUGCGCUCCAUUUUUGCAGGUGGAGUCCGCUCUUCCUUUGCUUGUACUUUAUGAAAGUAUUUCUUCCAAGUUUCUCUCAAAGGGCUCUGUAGAAAAUAAAUGUGUUCUCUUGAGGGCUGAGUUUGGCCUUUUUGAGCCAACACAAGCCGGUUUCUGUUAAGAAACCAGGGCAGUGCCAACCAUUCAGGUGCAGUUUUGUGGUGCAGAGGGAACAUGAGGCCAGAUGUGACUCAGACACCUGCUGGAGACAAACGUGGCCGCUCUCAUCUGGAUACAGAGUGCACGAUAUGUGACUGCGCACCAGACUGUGAGACCCCUCAGAUUAACUUCCCUCUGUUGUUUUUGAGUUGAGAAAAACUUAACUGUUUGCAUUUUUGUAGGAAAAUAUUUGAAUAUUUUGAUUCUCAACUAGCAAAUCAUCCAAAUGAUGAAAUAACUGUGUCUCUCCUCGGAAACAGACUUCAGUUUUCAGGUAACAAAACAAGCAGAGCUGUCUCUUUUUCCCGUGGAGGUCUUAAUGUAGAUAUUGGAUCCGACCCAGUUUUUUUAGGGGGUGAAAAACAGGCUUUGAUGUUGAAGUUUUGUGUUUUUUUUGGGACAGGCACCAUGUGUGAAAGUGAGAGCAGGUCUCUGUCAGCUGUCCCCCUGCGGUGCACUCCACUUUUGACCCUGGUGAUCACCUCACAUCUCCCCGUCAGCCUCGGCGGGCGACAGAGCAUAUGAGGUUGUGUCUAGUUAAAGGGUUAAUGAGGUAGAACUUUGUGGCAGACAUUCACGUCUGUCUUCCUUGAGACCAGUACAGAGGGAGAUGGAUGUGGGCAGUCAGUCACCGUUAGUUCUUUUUAUUUUGUUUGGUCUCUGUGUUAAAUGCCAAGAGAUUUUCAUUUUCCAUCGCUGCUUGAAGGUUAAACAGUUCUCUUCCCGUUCCUGUUGUGACUAUGAAUCAACUUUGUUUGACUACUUUUAUUAAGCACUUUUUUUUCCACCACUUCCACUCCAAUGAACUCUACUUAAAUCUUUUCACUGUAAUACAGUCAUAGAAGUUAUUCAAACUACUUCAGAUGUGUUAGAUUUAAAGAUUUAUCGUUUAAAAUGUAGGUUGUGGAUCAGUCAAGGGUUUAUUAGGGAUUAUAAUCAGUAUGUUAGAUGUAUGGUAACGUCUUUCCCUGGUUUGAUUUUACAUGUCUGGUGUGUAUGAUCAGGUUGUCCCCUGUGUAGCCACUGCUAGUUAUGGUCCAUAACUAUUGUCAAGGGUUUAGACCAAUCAGAAUCAAGCAUUUAACACAGCUGGAUGAACUAUUAAGGAAUAUACAGAUUAUAUUAUACUCUCAACAAUAUAGAUUUUUAAGGCAGAUAAUGAAGACAUUUGUGUGUGCAUGCACCUUUGCUUAUACAAGUGCCCCAACUAGGCCACCUAAGUUUGGACUCACCUCUGGAUACAGGGUUUUGGAAUAUAUUUAAUCAUUUAAAACAACAGAUUUGAACCCUAACUAGUCCCACAAAGACCUUCUCCAUAAUGCAGUGGUAAAAUAAUUUAGGAACUUUAAAAAAUAAAAUAAUAAAAAUUAGCUUAGCUUUAUUAAAAGACUUGUAAGGAUAGUGUGUUGCAUUAAAUUAGGGUGACCAUAUUCUGAAUCCCCAAAAAGAGGACACUACUAUGCGGGGCGGAGUCGAGUGUCUUUUAUGCACUUCUAACUCUAUUAGUCCACGCCACUCAAACUCAAAACUUCCAUAACAAAACCCAGGACAUUUGAAGGAUUUUAUAAACUCCCCUAGCCAGGCCGGACAGCCCCCAAAAAAGGGGACAUGCCCGGGUAAAAGAGGACGUAUGGCUACUCUAAUAAAGUAGAAAAGACUUUGCAGAAAUAGGAUAUAUUAUCUGUAAGUAUUUUCAAACUAGAACAUAAUCGCACACAUAUAGAUAGAUUGUUUGUUUUUGUUAACUCAGAAUAAGCUUUUUGAUAAAUGGAGGAUCACAAUUAUCAUCACAUGAGCUUCUUGUCCUUGUAGGCCACCCUCGCUCCUCUGGCAGGAGGGGUGAGCAAGGGAGCAUUACAGUCUAGAUUUGGACCAUUAGUCAUUGCCAAAUAUUACCACCUACACGCUGUACCUUUGAGAGGUGCUGGUCAGCAGAUUUUAUUACUGCAGAGAAGGACAGAGCUAACUGUUCGACUAUUUCUGGACUUUGUUUGCUAAGCUAACUAGCGCCCACCUUCAAAUUUAGACACAGUGCUGACUUUACCUUAAAGCACCCGUUUUUAGCUAAUUCAAAACAGACCAUAAUAAAAAUUUAUGUCUCUGUAUGAUAUUUGGGAGCAAAUGCAACCUUUUGAGUUAUGACUUUUGAGUAACGCUUUUAACUGCAGUGUCAGAUAAAGUGAUUAAGUGCACCAUUGUCCUCAGCAACAAUGAUAGAAAGUUGAACAUUGGACUAUUAAAGACAGUAGGAUUAUAUACAUAUAUAAACAGGACAAAACAGCCAAGCAAUAAGACAUGACACUUUGUCCAAGGUGCCUAAAGGAAAUAGUUCUGAUUCUUUCUUUUUGCCUGUCAAUCAGAAGUGAACUGUAAUUUACAAUCUGUUUUUAUGAAAUGCACGAUGCGUAUCUCCCAUCUGAACUCACAGCUACAGUAUGUUUUCCUCUUUCUGGCAAGUAUGGAAGUGUCCUUAUCCAAUGCUUGUGCUGCUCAGAUGUGUGAGCUGGAGGUCAGGGUGAGUUUAGCUCAGUUGAUGACAAAUGGGGACUAGAGAGUGAGCGAAGUUUUGGUCGGGAGACACAAAGCAAUGCUACAUGGGGUGCAAAUAUGCCAAGUAUGCCCGCUAACUUUACUGAUCCUCGCCUGCCAUGUCCUCGUUCCCCCCCUGCACAGAGGUAAACCCACGGCAUGGUCCCACUCAGCGGCAUGUGUGGAAGGUGUGGGUGUGUGCGUGUGUUAGUGAGUGAAUUACUAGACUUCCAGCACGUUGAGCUACAGGUGUGAAAAUUAGGUGUGAGGUUUAUGUGUGAUAAAUUACCAACAUGUGGUCUAAUCGGAGCCACUCCACCUUUUUCUCCACCCACCUUUUCUCUUUUCCUUUUCUUCUUUCCUUUUGGGGGAAAACACAUUUUUCCCACAGCUUGAGUGGAUUUGAGGGAGUGUAAAUAUUGAAAUAAUACACUAUGUUCCAAAACCUGCUAUUUCUUUUGGGACUCAUUUGGGACUUUGUACUUGAUCUGUAACGUCUGUUGAUUGGUUUCUUGAAAACAUCAGGAAAAACAAGUUGUGUUAGUCAACUGAGUGUAACACAAAGGCUGAUCACAAUCUUUGUAUCCAUCCAUGUAAUCUGUCUUCUGCAGUUAGUCACACUCUCUGAAUGGAUUGAUUGGAUCCCUCAGAUGAAAAACUUUGAUUUACGUACUUAGUAAUACCCCUGAAUGACAUGAUUUGUAUUUGGGCUGCCAAACAAACAAUUUUGUCAACCCCGAUUAAUCACAUAAUUUCAAGAGUAAAUCUGGGUUGACUGCGCUGCAAAUUAUAUUUCAAAUUCCAUUAUUUUUCACUUCAAACCAGUUUCAACCCCUUUUCAAUGAUGUAAAGUGAUUCCUGCUGUUGUUUUGAUGCAGAAAUCAAAUAGAGGCGUUGAAAUGCACCGAAUGGUGUUCAGCUGGUGUUGCGAUGUAAGAAUAAGAAGAAGAACUUUAUUAAUCCCCGAAGGGAUGCCUGCUGCUGUCAGUCUGAUCAGCUGCACCUAUGUGCUUAGCUUGAGUUAGCUCAAAGUCAGAGUAUUUUGGUGAUGCUUUAAUUUUGCUUUAUUUGACAUAUAGUGUAUAUUUGUUUUGACUUGGUAACAAAGUCAUUUGGCAUUAUUUUGUUAUUUUAUUGGGUCAAUGUGCAGUUAAAAAAAAGGCUUGUAAGAGCAUCUUUUGUCUCGGCUUACAACAAAGUGACUAAAACCAUGAGGGGUUGUGAUAAUAGCAACACUGUCAGUUUUAUUUUAUUUUCAUUUUUACAUAUUUAUAUGUAAAUUUGAGUUGACUAUAAAAGCUCUGAGAGAAAGGGAAGCUAAAUGAGGACAAUAGUCAACAUCGGUGGUCUCGCAGUAGUCGGUCCCCAACCACAUAGUGUAGCUUUGUGUCGGGGUCCUGCUCACUAUGUCAGGAUAUUUAUUCGCAUCACAACCUGCUCACUCCCUGAUAUAGUGUGCAGCCAAAAGCUAGUAUAUCUUUAUGCAGAUUUAGGCCCAGAGUCUGAUCCUGACUAAAAUCUGUGAAAUCUGUACAGUUUAUAUGUUUAGUUGAUUCAUCAUUUCUCAAAACAUGGUAUUUUCUAUUUGCAGCUUCACUUUAUGCCUAAAUAAAUCUCAGCUUGUGUUGUCUUAGAAUAGCGCUUAAGGUAUGGUACAGUUGCUGAGAGACAAUGGAGUGAGUCUGAAAACUUCUGGGGCGGUUUGCAAGAACAACUUCUUCUCUAAAAAAGGGACAAGGGAGGAAAAACUGGCUGGAAACAUAAACCACAUGCUCGUCUUGCUUGUACUGCCUGCCCAGAGAGCGAUAAAGUCAAUCUUCCUGACUCAUCAAUGAACUCCUGUAGGGCUUUCAUUUCAAAGUGUCAUGAAGAGGUUUUACACCUGUGCAGGCCAUCCAAGCUGUAUGACAUGGUUAUCACUGUCAGGAGAAUCAAAGUCAGAUGCUAGGAAGGAACUAGUUGAUUUGGGGAUUUCAACAAAUGCAGACAAAUGCAAACGCAGCUUUAUUUUAACUCAUGUCCUUUCAUUAUGGUGCAAUGAAAUGUUGGGAUUGACAUUUGUUUUUUAUUUGACAUUCCCACUUUCUAGCUGUGCCAUUAAUUAAUGAGCCACCAAAAAGAAAAAAAAGAAAAUAAAAUAAUAACCACACCAAAAAUAAAGCAGACAUAUAAAUGCAGCAUUAUUAAUGGUUAUUUUGAAGUGUUGACUGUUUUAGAGUGGAUUUUCCCCUCCUGGAACAAAAGUUUAACCUGAUUAGAGGUUUGCAUUGUCUACGUGCAUUGUUAGAGUUCUGUUGAAAUUGACCGUGAACAGAUAUUCCGUUGUUUUCGAGGCACAACUGAGCUGUAAAACAUUUUAUUGGACCGCAAGCCACAGUGAAGAGGCAAUGCUGUUUCUUGACCGCCACAUCAAGGUCAUUCACUCUGUUUUCCUCUGUGAGGGUAGAGCUUUCCAAGGCGGUCUCUCGUUUGCCAUGGUCAAGAGUUUAAGUGUUCGUCAAUGUGGCUGAAAGUGUUAAAAAGUCUGCAGCACAUACCAUGAAACCAGGUCAGUGAGGUCAUCUUUUAUUUCUAGAUUUCCAAACAGGGAUCAUGAGGUCUCUUUCACAUCAGGCACUCCAGAUGUUUGAUUUGACCCAGGUCACGAGAUUUGAGUUAUAAUCCAUCGUAAAGACGUUAAUAAGGAAUAGAACUACCCUAAGGUCUUCAUAUAGAGUUUGAAAGAGAGCAGGGGUGGGAACCAUGAUGAGUUCAGAUGGGCAGAUGGAUGAAAGGUGCGCAGAGUGUUUCCAGAUUGACUCAGAAAAACAGUCAGUGUCUCCACCUGACUGUGCAGAUUCAGAACAAAUUCAUUAUCAAAAUAAAUCAUAUUUUCUAUCAAUAAUAUCAAAUUCGAAUUUAUCCACAAUAUAUAUAUAAUAUAAUAUAUAUAUAUAUAGCAAUGUUGGAUUACAUUGCGCAAUGUAAUCCAACAGCAACAAUUUGUAAAAUUUCAGCUUACCAUUAAUAAUGUAAAGUGCACAGUACAUGGAUUUCAUUGAGCUUUGUGUGCGAGUUUUAAGAAAACAGUAAAUCCAGCUAUGUGCCUCCGGCAUAAAUUCAGGAAGUCCCUGAUUGUCUCUGCCACACAAAGGGAUUGAUUUGGUGUCAUUUAAAAUCAAUUCAUGCAUUACAGUUGUGCCUUUUGUGUUUUCUGUGUGUUUAGGGGAACGGUGGAAGGGGAGAGGUUAAAUGUGCUUGCUUUGCCUGUUUUUUUUCAAGAGUAGGCUAAAAUCUAUGUUAAUAGCAGCACAUCUGUCUGCAGGUGCACCUGGCCCUUUGUACCCUGCACCUCACUUAGCUCCUAGAUUGUGUGCCGCUUAACUAGCAAAAUGUGGUCAGAUGCUCUAUAGUUCCCUUUGCCCCCUGUACUUUAAACUUCUCACUUAAGAUUGUCUUAAUAUGGCCUAUGACUCUCGUUGACUUGUUUAUUUUUCCUGUUUUAUGCAUACAACAGCAUUUCAAUCUGAAGCUUCUUGCACCCUAGAUUUUAACAUUUGCUCAUAUUAUUAUCCAGGGUGACCAUACGUCCUCUUUUACCCAGACAUGGGGGGCUGUCUGGCCUGUCCUUGUCUGAGGGAUUUUACAAAAUCCUUCAAAUGUCUGGGUUUUACAUAGAAGUUUUGAGUUUGUGUCAUGUGGACUUGCUGAGUUUGACACACAUACAAAAAAACCUGACCCAACCCAAAAAACUCUCAAAAUUUAGAGAGUCUCCAAGACUCUGUGACUCUGCCCCCGCGUAGUCAGGUCCUCUUUCUGGGGAUUCAGAAUAUGGUCACCCUAUGUUAUCAUCACUGCUAGUUGCAGCUAAGCAAGCAUCACAAAGUCAUGUAUGAAAGGUGUGGGUUCGUUAAUAUGUGUAUUUGAUGUCUUGGUGAGAGUAGUAUCACUCUUAUGUCUGUAUUCUUAGAGGUUAGCUUAGGUUAGCACAGACUGGAAACAAGCUAGCCAGGCAUUAUAGAAAACAUCAACAAAAUGUCCCGUCCAUCCUCUCUGUCUGAUUAACCUGACACAUUUUGUUUAAUUUAUCUUAGAAGAAAAACAAAAGUUAAAAAUGUCAUGACUCGUUAACUGAGUGUAUGUGUUUAAAUGGGUUUAAUGAAACUGUGUAUGGUAAAUACUCAGCUGAGCAUGGUCUCAAUCAUCCUAUUCAACUCUGGGCAUAUUUCCCGUUACGUUCAACCUCUCUAAUAACCAACAGCUUUCUUGAUGAUUAUGUGGUCAACCAAUAAGUCAAAUGUAGUUUUCCAACCUGCAUGUUAUUGUGGCCUAAUCUGUUGAAUCAUACCAAAGUCAAUUACCUUGAGCUUCUGUUUUAUUGUGUACUUAAAAAGUAGCUUUAAUUUGGCCCCCAUUAUUCUGUUGCUAAACCACAGUUCUCUGGUUUAUCCAUUGACUCUAAAAAACCACCAUCCUUUCAAGUGAAGGCUCCAAUCUCUUUGACGCCCGCCUCGCCUGGUGGAUCUGUGUCACAGGAGCAAGCUAAUAUAUCUGACAGCAAAUGUGUUUGCUCAACCCAUGCUGCAAAAUCAUUAUAUGCAGCAGGACGGUCCUAAAUUAUAAACAUGUGCUUACAGUAUGAUCUGUUAAAGUAAACUGGGGGAAAAAAGUAGAUCCUAAAACCUGACUAUUUCCAGCUGGAAAGGAGUCGGAGGCAAGUCCAGCAUAUUUUCUGCUAAAUUGGAGCAGAAAUGUGCCUUCAGCACACAAGCUCGAAGUACCCCCCUCUUACCCCUUCUGUUUUUCCUCAAAAAUGUUUGAGCUAAGUGCAACUUCCACUUCCAUGACAAAUAAAGUCACAGGCCUGGAAAGAGGGCGGUUUGAUGUAAUUUUCCAUGUACCAGUUUGUAAUAAGGUCUAACAAUGUUGAGAUGUUGCUACGGCUGGUGAACUCGGAGUGUGAGGGUUGACACUGUUGGCUCUCCUGCCUUUUACAGCUUCACAGUGAAAGCCUGGAUAGUAACGUGGUCUGACCAGAGAUCCAGAGUGCGGUUGUUUUGCUUCUUACGGUUCGGUUCGCCACCCGUUGGCUGGUGGUUGCAUAGCUGCUCUGUCCCAUAUCUGCCCUUUCUCUGUUUCUCUCAAGCUUUCUCUUUCUCCACCGAAGUGGAGCAGCAGAAAGCUUAUACCAUCAUUUAGAGAGAACAAGGGAGGUGGACAAUAAACAAUAAUUGUCUCAGUGCCACGAGGAGAGUGUAUGAUUCUGGCAGGUGAUUGUGAUACUUUCCACAUGAGAGCACAAGUCUUCAUGACCUGCUGCUGCUACGUAGAUCCAAAGCUUGAGGUUUACAUUUGUUUCCUCCUCUCUUUAUGUCAUUUAGAGUGCAUUAUUUUUGGUUGUGUUACCUGAUAAUGCCACAGAUUUAUGCUGUACUGUAAAUGCCUUUUCAUAACAAUAGACAGUGUGGCUGCUGGUUGGAUGCGUUCACAGUCAGUAUUAUUAGAUUUACAUACCAGAGCCCCUCGGAGAAAAGGAGAAUAGAAACAGUUGUGUUUUCAUGCGAGUCCUUGUCUUGCUUUUGCUGGGUAUGGAAUUGAGUUUGCUGCACUAUAGGGAUGCCUCAGUAUUCACUCAAGACAGGCAUCCCAUCCUGUCAGUAUCCUAUGCAUUUAGCAUUUAGCAUUGUCUUAGAAUAAUAGCCGAGGGUCUUAUGAGUACAACCAUCUCACCUUGGCUGUAUAUCAUCUACAAUCACCAUACUUUACUUCAUGUAUGAGUUAAUGUCCAGUUAUUAAACUUAAAUGACCUGCAAAUUUUAAAAGACCUAAAGAUCAUCCAGACCAAACCCAAUAUCUUUGUCUAUCCAUUGAUUCAUUGAAAGUCCCUCUUCAACAUACUACUGCUCAGACAACCAUGUAUAUUAGAUUUUAAUGUGUAUGGGAAAACAAAUUCAUACAUUAAUUUCUAUCAUUUAAAUUUUAAAUCCAGUAUUUAACUUAUAUUUAUUUUCUUCCUAAACAAGGUCAGAUUAACAGAAAUGAAUUGAUUUCAUGUUGAUUGGACCAGUUGUUUUGUGCUGUGCAUGUAAUGACCGUUUCAUUCAGUUGAAAACAGUUCCUUUAACCUUUGAGUGACCUUUGUCACUGAAAUAACCUCUGUGACUGUCUUGGUCAUGUAAGAGAAGCCUUAACAUUUAAUUAUUAUCACAUAUACAUAAACAAUAUGAAACCGAUCUGUUGUCAAACUCUUUGCAGUACCCAUCAUUCACCGAGGCCCUUCAUGACAAAGGUUGAAAGAGGCAGCCGACUCAUCGAGCUCAUAUCGGCAAUAUAAUGAAUAUCACUUAUGUAAUAAAGAUUAUUUACCACAAAAAGACUCGACCUGAGCAUCGCACACAGGUAUGCUGGACAUGUUAGGUAGAGUUUAAACCUGGAAGAAGAUUUCAGAUAAAAAAGCCAAGAUCCAGAAAACUUUUACUUUUAAGCUGAAGUUUAAACCUUACUCUUAGAGAUGAAGAUGCAAACAUGAAACAAACUGUAGCAUAUACCCUCAAAACUUCCCUGUUUGACGUACAAGCAUAGACAUCUCUUAUUUUUUAAUGACAUGACAUAGUCCAUCUUCAAGACAGACUUUUGUCAUACCUGUUUAUUAUUUAUGUGAUUAGAUAAUCACAUUUCACACAUUUCACGCAAAUGACAGUUUCAUAUGACUUGUUUUGUAGUACAUCAAUUCAACAGAGUGUGACAUUUCAUAACAGAGAAUAACAUUUCCACUACAUAAAAUAUAUAGCAAAUAAAAGCAUUUUCAAAUAUUUAGUUUAGGAACUCUUCCUGAUCCUAAAAAUAGAUCUGAUGGCCCUGGUGAAGAAACUCUUCAUCCGUUUUAUUGGGCCUCUCCUCGUCCCUCCAGAAGCUUGUGCUUCACUUGUAGGCCCAUUGUUAGCGGGCCUGGUUUGUUUCUCAGCCUCCUCCAGGUUUUCCUCUUCUACCUGGCAAAUAAGGGCUGAUGUAUUGGUAGAAAGACGGCAUUUAGAGGCUGAGGGGAGUGGUUCUUGAGGUUCUGCAUGGAGGGCUGGAGUUUCGUCAAAACUGAGGACCUCAUUUGAACUCUCAGAUGUAACCACACUCAUUUUAUGAAACGCGUCCUCCACACUGAGUGAAACAUGAAAAUUAGUUUUCAGAUCAUUUGACAUCCAGGCAAAGAUCUCUGCGACCAGAAGACCGUCACUUACUACAUGCUGGAGUCCGCCUCCUCCUCCAGAUGGAUCAUAGUUAUCAAGGGGUGUUUGAGGGCUUCCUCUGGAGUCAACCUCUUAUUGGGGUCUGUGCAGAGGAGACCAGUCAGGAGGCUCACAAAUGCUCUUCCAUCCUCCACCUCGAUGAGCGCCUUCACAUCUGAAAAGAGCUACAAUAGAAACAAAUUGAAGAAAGUUGACUUAAUCAGCUUAAUCUCAUUGAGCGACAAAGGUCUACUCUGUCGGUCUUCCAAAAGCUGAAUCAGGUCGCUGUCCAGCAUUUCAAAGGCCAAACAAGUUUGUCCUUUGUGUUCAAACGAUUCAUGCAAAUUCACAAUAUUUGAUGCAACUGGGUCAAGUGUGCUGAUCGCCUGCAGCAUCUUCAGCUGUGAAAAAGAAAAGUCAAAUCAGUACAGCUGCACAAAAAUUACUAAAAGUCAAAGGCAUGAUAAUUGAAUAGAUUAAUGGGAUCUCUACCUCUCUUUGUGAGGCUCUCCUGUCCUUCUUGGUCACGAUCUUUAAAGCAAUAUCCUUAGAAUUAAAAAACAUUAAAAAAUAAACAAUGAAGAAAUAAAAUAAAAUAAAAACAUGAUAAUACAUCCACAUUAACAGCAAAUCACACCUAAAACAGUCAUUAACUGGUGUUUUACGGUGUAUUAGGUAUAUUAUAGUAUGAACAACAAUAUCAGCCAUGUUCAUCACUCUAGAAAGUAUCAGUUUUAACAGAGCCAACAUUUUUUCAAAGUCUGCUGUGAGAGCUCACAAGUGAAACCUUGUGUAAGGAUGUCUUCUUGUUCUCAGCGUUAAGCUGUUCUAAAAAAAAAAAAAUAACACUAAAAUUAUGUGCAAUUUGCCUUGUUAGGGUUUCAGGUUGCAGAAAGUUGGAAUGGGUCAAUGUGAAUGAUUUCAUGGGUAACAGUAGGUGAGUGAAAGGCAGGAAGUAAGCCGGGACGUGGGUGGAACCCCCUGUAUAUGUGGUGGAUUUUGGCAGCCUCGGGAACAGUCUGUCACGCUUGCUUUGGGCUCAUAAAAAUGUACCUGCGAUGGAGUUAAGGUUUCUGCUGGAUCACACGGCAGCACUAAUUGUUUUUGAGCUGCUUCAUGAAAAAACCUCCAAGGAAGCAGAAUGAAUGAGAAAUACUCCAAACAUGCCGUCAUUCGUCUUGUUGUGAGCCUGGCUGUUUCAUAUUACUAAAACAUUAAGGCUUUUCUGAAACACGCUAGAUACUUAUCAAUGCGUUUGUACAUGGCUAUGCUAGCGUGUAAUAGAUUUUAUGUUCAAAUUAGAUUUUGUUUUUUUACAUGUCAAGAGCAAUAGGUUAAAAGAGAAUAAACAAAAUCAAAAAAAAAAAAAAGAAUUAAAAAGUUUCUCAUCUUGGAAAUCAGGCUUAUUAUAUUAUUUUGGUGCAAGUCAGCUGAUAUGAUUAGCUUGCAAUUAGUUAAUGAAGUGUAAGGACUGCAAACUUGCUAUCUGAUUAAGGAGUACAUAUAUAUAUAUAUAUAUAUAUAUAUAUAUAUAUAUAUAUAUAUAUGAUACAUAUAUAUGUGUGUGUGUAUACUGUAUAUAUACAUAAACAUCUUGCAUAUAUAUAUAUAUGUAUGUAUACAUAUAUAUAUAUAUACAUACAAGACAAAAUACAUUCCCAAGUGGUAUGAUAAGUUAAUUUUAGCCAGACCCCUCCAUUUAAAUGCGUUUUUAAAGUCUGGUUUCAGUUGGACCAAAUGAACAUUCCUGUGUUUUGGACUUCAUGUAAACAUACAAGGUGGAGAACCUCAUAUAUUUACCUAGCCUAAGCCUAAAUAAACAAUUUGAGUGCUUAUUUUAUCAAGAAGACUCCCCGAUUAAGCAACAAGAAGUGAAGCAGUCGAGGCAGGCAGAGUGUCUAUCCAGCGGGUCCACACUGUGACACUGCUGGCUGUGGCUUCAUAAAAGAGAAACAGAAAAUAUCGUAGUGGUUGAUGAUGAGUAACAGGUAGGCUACAUUAAAGGAAGGGAUUAGAAAUGAACAAGGGGUUUUCAUAAAGGUCAAAAAUGUACAUAUACUGACGUUUUAGUUGAGUUGUCAUAAUGCAACAUCAAUAGGAGAGAGAGCGGUUCAGAGAAUGUUUUUAUGUGGUUUUUGUUCAACAGCAGCAGCCUUUUACAGACCCUCUGCUUUGCCGACAUGACACAUUGAGGCAAUUAUUAAGUCUUUGUAUUAGAAUGUCAUCUCAGAGGCUUCUUCAGUGACAUUGGUAUAGACUGUAGCCUUUGUAAAUACAAAACUGGAGGAUCAGAGGGAUCCUCAGUUAUCUGUCAGAAGUGGGAAUGGUGGAUUUGUUUUGUUUCACGUAAUAUGUGUUAUGUGGUUGAAACUGUAAACGCCUUUGGGUCAUCAUGUGCAAGGAGUGGCACUUUGAAUGGCAUGCACACUGCUCUCCUGUCUCUAAAAACAUGUAUGGUAAACCUGGAAUCCAUAUUCUCACAAUGAGCACUUUUAGUCAGGCUUCUCUUCAUGUCUGGGUCACUUGAGUUUGAAUGUGAUUGACAAUGGAAAUACUAGCACUAAAGCAUUGGACGGUUUGCGGUUGGAGAGGAAGCCAUGAGGGGCAGCCGAGCAUGUGUCAAAACAUGACACAUUGUGUGUUUUUGUUUUCUUUUAAGUUUCGAUGGACUGCUUUAGGAUAUGUCUGCUGUUUAAGAGCAGGAAAAAGACACAAUAUGCAAAACUGAGACCACAUCCAUAACUCAGAACACAUCCCUACCACACUAAACAUACAGCCUCAUGGUCCUGCCAAAUUAGUUUAAGCUGCAAUGAUCUAUAGAGACUUCAGAACUAACACUUUUAGUCGCAUUUUGCUUUGAUUUUCCCUUUUUUAAGUUCUACUUAGAAACAUUACUGCUGCAUGCUUUGGUAUUCUGUUUUUAAUUUUAAACCCAUAAAGCAAACUGGAAUCUUAGUUUUUACACACUAAACACUCUCUUUACUGUUUCGUUUCUACUAUAAAGAAGCUGAUCUCCAAAUCUCAAAACAUCAUACACAUGGAUGAGUGUUUUCUUUAUGAUUGGCUGAAAUCUGCCGGCAGUUGACAGAUUGAUGUAAAAGUCCGCAAGACAUUAUACCGGUAGGACGUGAGUUGGAUAGCACUGCUCCAGACACUGUGAAUUGUGGCCUCCUUCCUGACAUACCUGUGGCCUGAACCUCCAAACCUUUCCACAGACACACACACAAUCUAAUCUCCAUAGAUCUGCACCAAAAGAGUUUCUCUCCAUCAUAGUCAGCCUCGCCCCCAAGCAAUUGUAAUUCCAGGAUGUGGGAUCAACUGUUUUUUGCGCUGUGUGUGAUUAUGUUAGCGUGCAUUGCAAAGUUAGCAACCUGCGAUGAAAAUUACUGAAAACGAGCAGCAAGCAGGAGAUUCAAACCAGACACCUAAAAGUGUCAAAACUUUCCCAGCUGAUUGGCUGGUCAGUGACACAAGAGGACUGAAUGCCCUGAUCUUCUUUUGUCUUUUAAAAGAAUUGUAAGUAGGCUGUUAUUAGUUAUAGAUUCAAGCCCACUAAAACAGCAAGGGAGAAAUAAGCUUUCCAGCCUCACAGCCCUUUCCUGUUGCCAACUUGGCUUACGCUUACAGCCAGUGUUGUGUUCAGGUUUGGCGAGUGCUGAGAGAAUAAAUGUGACCGAGUAAAUGUGAGUGUCAGUUUGCUGUAAACACACCCAGACUGUAUAUACUAUAGAAAUAUAUGUUUAAGUAUGAGGUUAGGGCUAAUGUCGAAGUUUAGUUUCACUGAAAGGAAGGUCUGACAGAAUGAAACAAGAGAUAUAUAUGAGAAAUUAUGUUUGUGGUGGUACCUGACAGUACUUUUUAUGUAGCUGCAAAAAUCCUCUAAAUAAAAGUGACAUUAAACAUUUAGGUUUUAAUACUUAGGCACAGUAACUACAUCAAGAUAUGGCUGCGUAUUAUUGAGUAUUUUAAUCAAACACAUGACUGAAAAACAAUAACAGAGUCAAAAGACAGCUGUGAAUUUGAUACACAGUACUGUAGUCAUUUAUAAACCUGAUCAACAGCACCUGUGUCCACAAGUCCAGCCAACUGAUUCAAAGAUAUUGUUUCAUAUUGACAGACCACCUGCAUUGGCGCUGGAUUGAUACUCAAAGAUCAGACACAGUCUUAUAUCAGAGAAUCGCAGGGGCCAAAACUUGUCAUAACUUCAGGGGUUUGAAUCCUCACUAUCUCCCCUCAUUGGAGCCAGAUUGAGAUAAACAAUCAGCAGUCAGUGUGAUGAAUAGGCUCGGAGCAAACACCCUGGUGCUGUUGUGAUCGAUGGGUUGUCCUAGGCCUCAUCCCAAAGGACCAACACAGACACGUUUUGAUUAGCACUUUAUCUUACUUCCAUCAACCCGGACUUCAGGAGAAUGAGUCUAGUUUGGCAGAGCUGGUGUGCCUCUCUCUCAGGAGACACUUUCCCCUGAUCCUGAAUAAAAGGAAUGAAAAAAGAUGUGUCUGACAUCCGCCGACUGAUUUUCACAUGAUUACAAACCAAUGCUUCCACUAGGCCCACUUAACACUCACUUUCAUCUGGGGGAAUCAGUGAAAUCUCAUAUGCAGAUCUAGGGCCAGUAACACAGACAUGCUCUGCUCUGUCUCUUAGGGUUUGUUGAACAGUGUUUAAUUCAAGCGUUGCGGUAGGUCGUUCAGUCUGAGCCGUGCUGCUACCCACUCCCUGCUUGUGAUACUUUAGACUUUUCCUCCAUCAAUUUAAACGUCUCCCAUCCGCAGAGUUUGUAUUUGCCCGAGGACAUUUUCCUGUAAACGGGUCACUAAAGAGUUUACACUGAAAGUCACUUAUUGGAGAAUGGACUGUCUCUUUACUGGCUCCUUUGUCUUCCCCAGGCAACUCGAGCUGAGGCCAGAGGCUCUGCGGUUUUCGGGUCUUUCAUCGGCUGUCUCAAAACAAUCAUUCAGGAGGCCAGCUUUGACCAGAAUUAAUGCAAUAUUCACAUUCAUAACCAAUCAGUAUUGAAAUGUUGAGAGGGGAGCCAAAGUUUGCAUGAAUGACAAAUUGUUGAAUUGAACGUAUUUACUGUGAAUUAUAGUAUACCCUGUUGAUGUAUCUAUUAUGGUUGUUUCGGUUUUAUUGGUGUACUUGGGUUUUCUUCCACUGGUUAGCCCUCCCACAGUUGAGUCUGUUGCCUCAAAUUCACCCAUGUCCUUGUCAUCGGGUGAAGUCAGGGUCAUUCACAGUUGAGUGAUGAUACACUAUCUGAAAGAAUUCUGGUUUUCUUUUACAAGUACAGAAGAAAUAGCCUUCCAAACCACCAUGUUAGAUGCAUCUUCCGCUGUGGCUUUAGUAAAAACUGACAUUUCCUCAGGCUAUCGCUGGUCGCUUUCAGGUUAAAUCAUGGAUGACAACUAUGUUAUUGGUUGCACAUUGACUGUUCGUCAAUAUCAAAAGUCAGUGUUGAAAGUGAUACGGUAUUUAGCACACUGUUAGGGUGCAAAAUCUGAGGGUACAUUUAUGUUCUCCACCCAGUGAGAGAAUGCAUGUGCUAACAGUGACAGGCUCAUAGUCUUCAGCAUGAAAUGUGCUGAGAAUUGGGGAUUUAGUCAUCGACAAGAAGCAACAAAGAAAAGUAAGAAGCUGAUGAUAGGGAUCGACUACAAGUGUAAUGUAUGUAUAAUCGACAAUAAUAGGAAUGGGAAAAUUUGCAGUUGAAUUAUUGAACAUUUUUAAAAAAGACAUAUUGGGACCACUGUUUCAUGAUCCUCUGGGGGGGAAUCCCACAGUAGAGUGGCUCAGUUUGGGGUUUUACUGACUGACAUAGAUGGUUGGAGGUAGCCCCAGAAGAACCUAAAAAAAGAGUGUUAUGAAUGGGAUUCAGAAACUGAUCCACCAUCCAAAAUGCCCUUGAAUUUGAAUCACGCUGACCUUUAAUUCGAUGUUAAUAAUCGUCCUUGUUUGCAUUCUUUGUUUCCCUGCAGCUAGCUAUGGAGCUUACCCCAUCUGUAAAGGCUGCUCGGUGUGCUCCAGGGACAAUGGCUGCGUAAACUGCCAGCCCAAGCUCUUCUUGUUUUUGCGGAGGGAGAGGAUGAGGCAGUACGGGGAGUGUCUUCACGACUGUCCAGCCGGGUACUACGGCAUGCGAAGCCCUGAACUCAACAUGUGCUCCAGUAAGUCCUUUUGAGUUUUUUUUUCCGUACCCAGCUUUCCUUUCACUCCAUCUUCCACUCUCCUGACUUUCCCCUUCUUUCUUCCCAACACCCUACCGCUCAUGUACCCCAGAGACACACACAUUCGCUCCCUCAACUUGCCCUUUUCCCACAAAACAUGAUUUAUUGUCAAUUAUCCUGAGGAGACACACAUACCACGCAAUUUGAAUGGCUCAUCUGUUCACACAGGUGGAUGUAAGUAGUGAAGCCUUGUCUUUGCAGUGUCUCCCUCGGGAUUCGACGAUCUCCAGCCAGAAAGAGCGCUGUUUCUAAUUUUCUUUUUAACACUCCCUUUGCACAUGCAUUACCAAACUUCCUAUAGUCUCAUGGAUGUUUGAACGCAUGAAACCCAGGUGCAAAUGCAACAGAGAUGCUCUGAAGUUGGCCAAACUUACUCCAGAGACUAAUAUCAACACAAUAAGUUCAACACAUAAACCCAGGCCUCUUUGCUGUGUCAUUCAAUAUUACCUAAACUACAAAGGUGAUUACAUAAGCGUCAGGGUUUGAAGCUAGCUGCUUUUGUUGACUGUCUGAAGAGGUUGCGGAUGGAGAAUUUCAGCAGCCAGUAAAAAUUUUGGGCAGUGAAAGUUGUUUUUGGGAGAAACAGAGAGCCUGUCACAGCUCAAGUGUCCAGAUUUUCCCAACAACUGUUCAUUAAAAGUAGUUUGAACAAGGAAAACAAAGCAAUAGGAAUAACAAACAGAGCAUAAACACUUUAAACUGGUGGUGUGUUUCUAAUUUAGUUCAUUUUAACGAUGUUUCAGUGAUAAAAUCAAGUAGUCAUCUAACACUAACACAGAUUACUCUUAUGGUCUUAGGGAAAUAUUCUCUUCCAAAUACUUUUUUUUUCUUCUGCGAAAAAAAAACCUCUGUUUGGUUUAAUAACUUGAAAAUUUUAAAAGUUCUCAUGCUUCUCAUAAAAGAAUAAUAAUAAAUCCAAUUACUCAAAUGCCUCCCUCUACUCCUCAUGCAGCACCCGGAUCUCAUAACCUUAUUCUAACAUGGAAUAUGGUCUGAGAGAGAGAGAGUGGGAGAAAAAAAAUGAGAGAGCAUUUAUAGGUUUACCCGGAGCCGUAGGUGUUGGCUGAGUGUUUCAUAUGAAAACAGAGAGGAACUUGAACUCAUUUGGUUCCCGCGCCAAACUCCUGACAGACACACUAAAAUAAAGCCCCAGAGGAGAGUGUCCGAACCCUUAGGCCCAAUAACAUCACAACCCUAGGCAGAAGAGGGAAAAAAAUCAACGUCUCUGCAGCCAAUCACUCUAAACCUUUAUGCAAGUACAUCUGCUGGCACUAGUAAUUGGUAAGUCUACAAUUUAGGAAAUCAAAUGUAAAUAAAGUGGGUUGGGAGAGAAUCGAUGCAUGCAAAGAAUGUCAAGUAUCUCUGGGACUUGUUCAUGACUUAUGGUUAAAUGGAGCUUGAGAUGAACUUGCAGACUGCCGCAGUGCCAGAAGACGUAGGCAUUGUACCAGACUGCUGAGGUGAAAGAGGAGCAAAGGCAGAAAGGGAAGUUCUCAGAUUUACCUGUCAAGCUACCUUCAACCAUCACUUGUAAUCAUGAGUUGUGGGUGGAGACCAAAGACAGAGAUGUAGGGACUAAACUGUUGAACUAAGCCAAGAGUGAAGAAGCCUUUCAAAUAAUUAUAAAUCUUCUAUUGAAACUUCAACUACGUAAAACUUAGAUAUUGGUCUUAUAUGUCACUUGAUGUAGACCGCCAAAUUAGCAAACAGUAUUUAAUGACAUCACAUUUUUAUUUAAUGCAGCUUUUGUACCUUUUAGAUUCCCAUUCAAACAGAAACCCUUGAGAAACAUCUUUCCUUUUUGUAGUCUAAACCAGCAGCAGUAAUUUAAUCCUGUUUUAUGACUCAGAGAAAAUUGGGGGAGAAAGACAUCUUGUACUCUGGUGAAAAGCCUUUUUUUAUUUUUUCACUUUAACCCUGUGAUCCUAACCGCUGUAUCCCCAUGCUGGGUGAAUUUUGACUCUAACUUAUCCUGAUGUGUGGCAAGUUAAUCUGAAUCCCACUCGUACAAACUGCUCAAAGAACAACAUCUUGUAUUGUCACGUAGCAUCAGAUCUCAGAGAGAGACCCACUUUGAUGUGAUCACUGCUACAGUCAUGACUCUCUAAUCCAGUUUCCCAUUUGACCCUUAUUCUCAGCUGUGCUCUGCAUGUCAUGUUCACUAAACAGUUCACAUCCAACCUCCAUAAACGGAUAUUUUAUUGGGUUGGAAGCUAAUUGCCGGGUCAGUGAAUAUUAUUUGUGGUUUGACACAGCGAACUGGUAAGCAAGAGCUCAAAGGCACAGCGGUUAAAUGAAGGUGAGGGGUUCUAGGAAGUACCCGAUCAGCGCUGCCGUGUGCUCCUGGUUACCAAAGAGGCCUGGAACGUGGCAUUACGUCUCUGUUAUCACGAGCUUUUAAACACAGGCUCUGAAAUCACUUAGGGAGCAGCUGCUUAUUAUUACACCAGAGUUUGUCUGUGUGAUCUUAUCUCAUUCAAGAAUUUUUUUUGUGGACUGCCUGAGUAAAGAAAAACAAGAAGUAGACAAGCAGGAGGCUUAUACACUCAGACACCUGCUAGUUACAGACUGACUGUCAGUUUUUCAGAGAGGGAUCCUGAACAAGUGUUGAAGAGAGGAGGGAUGACAACACUUUUCACACUGUGAUAUAGGGAUGAAUAAUUUUAGGAAAAGAUCGAAUUGCAAUUUUUCUAGCAGAAAUUGCGUUGUCCAUGAGUAACGUAUGCCGCUUCUGAUUGGUGAGUUUGUCGGGACGUUAGGGAGACAGCAUGUAUAUGUAAAAUAGUUGACACAACAGAUCCCGAGUCAGUCAGGAGCGCAGCACAAAAAGAAAAAAAAAAUUGCGAAAUCGCAGUUUUGAUCAGAAAAUGAUAAACUGUUCAGCCAGACUGUGAUAUUGCAACAUGAUGUUCUCUGACAUAGAGAAAGUCUCACACGUAGUUUGACUAAUACAGAGUUUCAGUGAAGUUAAAUUCUGCUCAAUUCAGACCAGCCAAAAAAGAAAAAAAAGACUGUUGGAGUGAAAUCUAGAUCUAACACACAGUUUAUCUGCUUAUCAUAGCUUAUUACAACUUACAGAGCUUAAGUAGAAGACUUCAUUUGUCAAUCUCCAAGCCAUUAACCUGUAAGUUUGUGAAUUGAUUUCUGUCUAAAUGCACCACAGGUUUUAGUCUCUGAGGGAAAGGCCCUUUUUGUGUGUAAAAGCAGCCUCAGUAUGACCUUCUGUCCUCUACAAGAUCCCAUUCAUUGGCCUCAUUCUAGAAAAGAUCUACUUUCUGAUCACCAUAAUAUGAUGUAGUUGUGGUUACAUCAUUCUCACCUUGCAGCAAUCUACUGUAGAAUCUGGACUAUACUUGACCUGUGGAUGUAUAUAGUUGGAGCAUCUGUAUCUUGGACAGAGAUGGAGGAAUCCACCCAUCCAUUAUCUAUUAUUCUAAUUGUGGGUAGCCCUGGUCCCCACUCCAUAAGGUGUGGGGGUAAUCUUUGAACAAGUGAAACACAUCAAAACGGAUAAACACCCGCUCACAAAAAUCCACCAGUUGGCACCAGUAAACUCCACAAAAGACUCCAGUCCACAACAAGAUUCAAACUAGGAACCUUCUUGCUGAGUGUUGACAGGGUUUAUGAUACAACAGCCCACCCUUUUUAUGACUCUGUCGUUAUGAAUCUUCUGUUUUUAUGUAAAAACCUGUCUUGUCCUUUGUUUGUUUACCACCCAGCUUCCAAGCAAUGCAUUGAUUGUAUUCCACUUUUGGGUAAAAUCCUGGCAUGCAAACUUCAGAGCAUGCCCAGAACACUUGGGCAAGUUUCAGUCUGUCCCCAACCACAUUAUGUGGGCAUGUUAGUCUGAGUGAGAAAAGUUUGAUUUAGUGGGAUUUCAGUCACACCACAGUGUUAACAUCCAUUUUUAGCCACACUAACUUUAUAAAUUGAUUUUUGAAUGACAUGUAAAUGUGCACACAGCCUCUGGUAUUUCAUAUGUUAAUAAAGGACCUGUUGGGUGUGAAUGAAAUCGUCUUCAGGCCCUGUCCCCCCAAAGUCAUCCCUGCCUUCCAACCUUACCAUACAUGACCUAUUAAAGUCUGGUGACCAUUUGUAACCAAAGAUUCACUUUUCUUGAGAGUUCACGACACUGUAGAGAUAAUAAAACCAUAAAAGAGCCCUAACAAUGGUCUCUAUACAUACCUCAACAUAAUAACAAGAAUUUACAGCUACUCAUCAGCUGAAUUCCAAGAGGCCCAACACAUAAGAGGCCACAGCGUUAACAAGAUGUAUCUCAUUCUUAGCGGUGCCUUCUCGUUGCAUAAUACCAUUUUGUAUGUUCAUAUAUUAUGUUCCUGGGUCUCUGCUUUGCGUGGCUUCUUUCAGCAGCUAAUGGAUGGGUUGAUACAGGCCAUAAACCAUAAGAAGGAACUCCAGCAUUAUUCAGAGGGGUUCUUAUCAGCCGCCCAGAAGAGGCCCCACACCAGUGUCUGUGGGUGUCAACCCAGUGCUCUGCAGGGAAGAUUUGUAGCAAUGGUCACACAGUGUGCUGCUGUAUGUACAGCCAAAUCUGUGUGAAUGCGGUUCAGUCUCACAGUCACAUUUCAUAAGACUGGUUUUUACAUACAUUCCCAAGCCAAAGCGUAUUCUGUCAUUUUUUAUCACAAGUGAGCUCUCUGGCUGGAGGGAUUAUGAGCUGAAAGGCAACUACCAGAGCUGUCCUCGAAGAGAAAUAAGUGUUGAGAGGGCCAGCAAGGGAGCAGUGCUGCAUUCAAAACUUCCUCCCUCAGGGUGUAUUAAAGACCCCCCAUUGCUUCAUGCUCUUACACACAUUGUAGCCACCAACCCAGCCGCUUUGCCUGAAUGCAGCAGGCCUUAAAAACCCCAGCUGCAUGCUGCCAACCAGUAACCAGUGUGAUCAAGGCUUGAGAUUGCCAAUAUCCUGAAAACGUGGUUUAAAUAUCACGGCUCAAUCAGUGCCAGUGUAAUGUGCCACAAGGGGCUCUUCUGUCAAAAGUAAUUUUUCGGAGAGUUAAUUGUGAUUUCUUUUUUAUUGCAUUUGUCAGACUCAGGAAAUCUUUUACAAAAUCCCAUUGUUGUAUUUCUCGCUGCUUUGUCACUUCUAAUUAGGGUUGGAAGUAGGAGGUUGACUGGAUGCAUCUUUUCCAAGAUCGUUUUAGUUUUUAAGCACCUCAUGGGAAUUUGUACGGUUGGAGAUGGAUGAGAGCCAUGGAUUGUGGAUCUCUGCCCAAUGGGUACUGAAGCUAGGUCAAGAAACUAAUACCCGUUUUGUAACUUUAAGUUGGCAGUGCUGGCAGUUCUUUCUCCUGCUCUGCCUCUCCACACCUCUCAUUCAAGUCCUCUCUGAGCUUGUGGGUAUUUCCAUUGCACAGUCUGACCAACAAAAAGACCAGUUGCUUUUGGCCCCUGGACUUUACCGAGGGACAUUUAAUCAUCACAGCUCUACUAACUAUGCCUUAAGAUUUGCCAGACAAUACAAUGGACACACCAAACCAAGCCCUGCUCCCAUGACAUCGCAGCCAGACAUGAGUGGAAUCAGUACUCUUGGGUACUGGAGUGUGAUUGGAAUAGGCAGUCUGCGCUUGACCACUGUCUGAAUUUCAAGCUGUCUGUGUUUAUGCUGGAGCUGUUUGAGCACUUCCAGGAGCAGAUCCUGGUACAUCACAGGCUUUAUUCAUCGGGUUGAAGAAGCCAGAAAGAUCGCUGACACAUCUGUCAUCCCCGUUCUCUCUCUGGGAGAUGCUGAUUGACAGGUACACCACCUCUGCUCCAGCUAGCACCACACCGGCGUGCAGAGGAGCACCCGAGUGGAAAAAAAAAAACAGCACGGAGAGAGGUGGGAAGAACAUGGCAGCUCUGGCCUUUGUCAUGAACCUCUGCCAUCCGGGGCUCCACACGACAUGGCUGGGUGGCAGCGAGCAAGCCAAAGCUUCCAUGUCAGCCAAACCCAGGGCCUAGAGAGUAGGUCAAAGCUGUUCAACCCAACUUGGAGGCAAGGGAUGGAAAAACAGGGCUUGUUUUCCCCUUCACACUGCCAGGCCUUUUACGACAUGGACACUCCUGCUGCGCAAUAUCGGCUCUGGUUAGCUUUCUUUAGGAGGCUGGGGAUUCCAGUAGACAUCCCAACUCAUGCUCAGAUAGCGUAAAUGUCCCUGCCUGAAACAUGAGAGAUCAUCAAUCUUUAAAAAAGACUUUAACACCCUGUCUUUAAACACUGAAUAUUCAUAUAAAUAAAUGAAGGGAUUACAUAUGGUGCUGUCAGCCUGCGUUGAAACAGCAGUUGACUGAAGCUGACAUGUGGCUUUGAGUGUCCGUGAUAAAAAUCGGUGGGUUUCUUAUCCAGACCACAGCAGAGGGAUGGGCGUCUGCCAAGCAUGUGCCAUUAGGUCACACGUAACGCUCUGUGACUCAUCUCUUCACUUCGAAUACACUUGGCGAACAAACCACAUAAAUUUAAGUGAAAAAUCAAACAAACAUCGAAAGAGUGCAAUAGCAAUACAGUGUACGGUGUUGACAACCGUCAGCCAGCUGUUGAAACUCCCCUCAGAGCUGAAACACUCGGCUUCUCCUCCUGUGUUCAUCAUAUAACUCAUGUCCAGAACCAGCCUUGUAGAUAAUGAUGAUAAUACGUUUAAGUCCCAGGAACACCGGGCCUUCAAUGGGAUCUGAUGACCUCAUUAUUUCUCAUUAGUCUCCCUGAGGCACCUAGAUGAAGACUUUAAAGGUGGUCCAGAGGUUAAUCCUGCGUGAAGAAUGAACCCGCUCCCCUGUAUCUGUUUCUGGAGUUGCUGGACAAGCUGCCUGACUACCGACUGGGCCGCAGAUCAGCGUGGGAGCAUCUCCAGUGUCACAGAUAGCCCAUGUUAUCCCAGAUAGCCUUUUGCCAGUAACUAGACAGAGGGAUAAAUGUCUGUCAUGGUGAUCCCUUCCGACCCACCUCGUCUCUGAUGACCUUUGACCUUGCAGCUUUGCCUCCCUGCAUUCUAACCCCCAUGGAGCUGCAUUGAUGUGUCAUCCACCCCAUCCAUCUCACAGAGGGACAUUGUUACUUAUCUGCUGUUUAGAAAACAAGGUUUCCGAGCAUUCGCAGCAUCACCUUUCUACAUCUGAAACCACCAGCCAUGUUUUAAUCAAAAUCCUUGUCCAAUGUCGCUGCUGCUACAGGAUACAGUAUUUCACACAUCUGCGUUGCUUGUAUUUACUGUCAAUAACUGAGGAUUGCACAACAACUCUAGUGCUUGAGAGUACUGCCAGAUGUUCUCGUUCCCCCCGCUUACUCUUUUAUUUUUCUGUUUGGGAGCUAAAAGUCUCGCAGGUGAUGACAGGCCUGGGAAGUGUGUAGGGUAGGAGACAGCUUUGUGCUUUCCAAUUAGCCUAGUGAUUUAUUAGACAUGGGGGGCUUGUCUUGUAUCAAACUCCAGCCUGACUGAUUCGGUUUUACACAGUGAAGAGCGGUUAAGAGGUAGAGCUUGGAGAAGACAGCAAAAUAGCUCCCUUAAACGUACACAUUCCAGACAAAUCUCUGCCGUGCUGUGUAACUGCGGAUAUUUGAGACAUGUGUUAAGAUAUACGAUAAAAUGCAACAACAGUAACGCAGCGAAAUGAUAUCAGAUGAUUGAAUUGAUAGCAUAAAAAGGAUAUGAGAACGCAGGAAACGACCAAAGAGAUCUGCGAUUUAUGGACAGUGUGCGUAUGUUUUUCAGCAUGUUGAGUACAGCGUCAUUGUGCUAUCUGCAGUCAUAUCUGAUUGGUAUCUGCGCUUGUGCAUAUGUGUGUCUGUAUGUGUGUGUGUCUGUAUGUGUGUGCGUGUCCAUGGUUUGUUUAGACUGGUCGGGAAAGCGUGAGACCAGAGUGAGUGGGCAGAGGCCAUACUUUAGGGUUCAAAGUAAAGCGGGGAGGGACCCCCUCGUUUUGGAGGAAUGCUGAGGAGGAGGCCUGAUGGUUAGCUGGAGAUGGUGUAAUUAAGGGGUGUGAUUGUGAGAACCUUCCCUUCCCCGGGCCCUGCAAGGGUCACAGAUUAAACAGCAGCCCUUAGCCGCUGCUGUCGCACUCACAUUUGGGAAAUCACUGCAGAGUAGGCUUGCAUGUCAAUUUAUGUUCAUGUAGUAACAGAUUGCUGUGUCGCUGCAGUGCGGGACACAAUCAGGGAGCAGAUGACAUCCUACCUGCGGACCCUACAGAUUGUAGGAUGCCUAUUGGGCAAUUGAGCCCCAUAGAGCUUCAGAGAGCGUCAUAAAUUAGACAGCUCUGGGAGGCUCCUUCUAAUCAUGUGGGCCUGUGCGUCGCCCUGUUUGUGUGCUGGUUGUAAUUUCUGUCUGACUUGCUAUUUGCAGAGUAAAGCCUUGGUGACACAUUGCCGUGCAUUUUCUUUGCAAGCGGGACUCUGCAUGACAUGUGCAGGGGGCAGGGCGUGGCGUGGGAGGAUGAGGGUGCUGUUGUGUUUGCUGACUAAAUGCAUCAGCAUUUGUUUGGUAGGGCGACGCAAAAUGUUAUUGCCUCCGCCUCUCUCGUUCACCUUCCCCUUUUGUCUCACAUCCAACUCUGCAGUUCAACACCCAGCUGGCGAGCAUUGUUAUUUUGAGCCGCGGUUCACACUUUAAUGAAAACCUGACCGUCCAAUAAUUCUUAGUUAUGGAAAGAGACAAAUUGGAGCAGUGUGGAGUAAUAAAAGAGCACAUUAAGAAUCCCUAAUGGGAGGUAUUCUUCCUGUUUCAGAACACCAUGUUGAAAACAUGUGAGCGCUUGUGUUUGGAUCCAGACUGUUGGAUGUCGGGCAGUCUGUUGAAAGAGUCCAGUGUGACAUAAUUUCUCAUCGUCUCUGUUGUUGUGUUUUCACGCUGUUGAUUUGUUCACUCCAAACAAGAGCAGGAAGAUGAAAGAAAAAUCUCUUUGAGGCAAAACAAGUUUCUCUGAAAUACACUUGAGCCCCGGAGAGAAAUGAUUCACAGGGCAUCCACUUCUUUUUCUUUUUUUUUUUUGUGGGAGAGACGGUAUAAUCCUUUCAAGAACCCCUUCCCCAAACCCCUCAGCUCUCGAUCAACUCCAGAUGAGAGGGUUGCUCACUCAGACCCUGAUGACUCUUCUCUUUCUCUCCUUUUUCCUCCAGGGUGCAGGAUAGAGAACUGCGAGUCCUGCUUCAGCAAAGACUUCUGCACCAAGUGCAAGUCAGGUUUCUACCUUCACAAAGGGCGCUGCUUUGAUAAGUGCCCCGAGGGCUUUGCCCCGCUGGAGGAUACCAUGGAGUGUGGAGGUAUGCACAAAAUCUCAAAAACUAUGUCUCCAGUGAUGGUAAAAGUUCACAACUUCAUUACCUCAGCCAAAGUAUGCUGGUCAAAUGUUACUCCAAGACAAAUGAAUGUUGUUCAGUCAAAUUAUUUUCUGAGUUACCAUACUGAAGCACUUCAAUAUUUCAAACCACUUUUUAAAAUAUUGUAUUUUCACAAAGCAUGAGUAAAGUCAAGAAUACGUGGCUGUGCAUCUGCUACAUUACGUUUACUUGGACAUUAUUAUACACAUUUUUCAAACUUGUAUGCAACUGAUUUCCAUUUCCAAAAUAAUCAAAACAAUAACAGGAUCAACCAGCUUUAAGUUACUCAAAGUACAGAUAACCUCACUCAAUAUGUUAAUCUGGAAUAAAAAACGUUUCUAGCUUUCAUGGCUUAGCAUCCUUUCUGAGGUCAGAUAGUGAAUUUUGUUUAGCCCUGAUGAAGUUUGUGCACAGAGAAGAUAUUUAAAACCAUACUAUUACUUUUUUAAAGCUCCUUUAGUGAGUUUUUUUGGCAUUGAUGAAAUAGACUAAAACUCACAGUGAUGCUUUUUUUAUGACACUUAAAAAAGUAAAAAUAGACCAUAUGGUACAACACCCACAAUUUGUGUAUGGUCACUUCAAAUGCUUAAAAUGACUGUAAGGGCAUAGGCAUCAGCCUACCCACAUACAGUAUUUAAACACUGUAAAACCUUUUACUGUAAAAAAUUACAGUAUUUAAUUGGCAGCAGUAAUCCAGUAAAAUACUGUAAGUUUUUACAGUAUCUUGUUGUAGUUAGAAUAUACUACUGCAAAUUAAUAUACAGUUAAUUACUUUAUAGAAUUCUAACUACAGCCUUUUGCUGUAAACUGAAUGUUUUAAAUGUUCAGUAAAUACUGGCAAUCAUAUUUUUUACAAAAAAUAAUACUAUAAUAACUUCAUAUUUACAGCAUGUUUACUGUAACAAGAUAACCAAAGAUAUAUAUAUAUUUUCUUCACGGGGGAAAUAAAUCAAAAGUUCCUCAUGGGAGCUUGAAUUUAAAACCCUCAAAUAUUGGUUAUAGAUACGGUCAUGGGUGCCCAUGUGUAGAAACAUGAACCCCGUCUGCCAUAGCCGUCAUUACUAACAUUAAAUAAACAUCCAUGGUGAUAUGUGGCAUACAGGUACAGCAAAACCAUUCAGAUAAACCACAUAGAACGUUAUUCUGUCCACCUCUGCCUGUAGCCAAACAAAAACAAUCCAGCUCUGAGUGACCUUUCGUCACCUGCACACCGUUUUCUAUAACCUCUCAGCUGACCUGUUUAUUUUAGACCCAAAAACAAGCGGUUCAUCUGGGACCACACACACAGAGGUUAGAGCACCCCAGUAAAGCUCUCUCACCCUGUCUUAUAGUUUGACCUGGGGUCUCUGUGUUGCCUCUAAAUUGCACUUUGUUGUGUUUUCACUGCACAUCACUGUUUCUGUGGGUCUCUGCAGAGGGCUGCGAGGUGGGCCAGUGGAGCGAAUGGGGAGCGUGCACCAGGAGAAACAAAACCUGUGGCUAUAAGUGGGGUCUGGAGACCCGGACGCGGCACAUUGUCAAGAAACCACCCAAGGACACAAUACCCUGUCCCACCAUUGCUGAGUCCAGGAUGUGCAAAAUGGCCAUGAGGCACUGCAGGAGAGGUAAGGAUGUCAUAGAGCCAUAUGUUGAUGUGUGAGGGAGAGGUUCUGUCAGACAGUCCAGACUCCAUCCACCUUCACUUUGCACUACUCUGUUGAAUAUUAAAGAAAACAGUCCACUUACCCCAUCAGGGAACUCUCUUCUUCGCCUCUCAGACUUCCACCUGUUUCAUGUAACCCUUGUACCUCGCACUCACUCUUUGUUUUUUCACUGUCUGCGUUUUUGAGGUGCACAGUGGCGUUCCUCGCAUGAAAUAUCAGUAUUUUUCCAUGGCUGCCCAGUUCAGGCCAGCUAUUUUUCUGAGGUAUAUUUUUCCCCCUCGCUCCCAUCUCUCUUCCUCUCCUCAGUGGAAUUCUUCAAAGUACGAACUGCAGGUUUCCUCAAUGGCUGUCUCUGUUUCCUCCCGUCAGCUUGAGAGAUAUUUGCGGUGCACACAGCGUGUAUGUCAGUCCAUUAAAUGAGAAGUCAAAUCUGGAAUUUCUCUGUGUUUGAAUACAGCUAAGGGAAAUAUUUUUUUUUCAGAAAGUAAACCAUUUUCUUCAGAUGGUCCAAACACACCAUUUGGGGUGAUGGCCCCAGUUAGCAGCACUUUUAAAAUAAAUGUCUCUCCCCUUAAUGCACUUUUACGUCUCUCAUAAACUUUGGAUUAGGGGAGGCCAAGUGUAAAUAUUUAAUUUUCCAAAUAAGGAAGCAAUUACAGUGGUAGAUAUCAUUCAGGCUGUCAAAAGAAGAAAAACAUUAGUGAACAGAAGAAGAAAAUAUUCAAAGUUUGAGGAUUUUUCUCCAUUUUGGGCAUGAGCUGUUGAAUGGGAGGAUCAUUUAGUGAAGUGGUGAAAGGGUAAAUAAACUUAAAAUAAACCCUGAUAGUGUCUCAGAUUUCAGCACGACUCAGGCAGUCUCCACUCUUUGGGUUGGAAACUGUGAUUCCAUGGCACAUCUUGCUCCUAAAGCUCUGUCUUGUUUGUCAGGCAAAGUCUCCCCCAACCCCCGUGCACCUCUACAUGACUCUGCCAUGAAUACUUGACCUUUUCCAAGAAACUUUAUCACCUUCUUUAAUUAAAAUUUGGCAUUGUUGCACAUGGAUACAGCUGUUUAUUAUUUCAAGCAUGAGGCCACAGAUGGGAAGUAGUGUUAAAUUUUUAAUUGAGUGUAUCACAGAGCCAUCUUUCUUAAGACCUUUACAGCCUGACACCAGACUCCCCACAUCCAUCUUACUGUCCCCUUAAAGCUACUGUCCCCUGCUGAUGCAGCCAUUGAAAACUCCUUUAGUACAGUUUGCAACCCAGUGACUGAGUUACAUCCCAGUGGCCUUAGCUCUGUGGUUCAGGCUGCGUGUAAAAGUGUCACUUUGUGUGCAUCUUAGGACUCUUUGGGCUUGUGAAGUUCUGUGGUGGCCCUUUUAAUGAAGAUAUAUUUCAGACUUAGGCAUGUGUUGUUAAUUCCCCACUGCUCGACCGCUAGUUAAAACUCCCCACUCGUCGAAAGCCAGUGAAAUGCAACACUCCUCAGUUCAAAUAAAUACAACAUAGAAAUCCAAGCUGCUGAAGCCUAAUGGGAUGAGAUCCUGUACAGUUGCAUAGGGGACUGACUGACAUUGUAAAAUAAUCACUCCCCUUGAGUGUUAAUAAAGCGUAAUCCACAGAUGGAGAGGCGGCACUCUACACCACAGGUGAUCAGGAAGUGGAGAUUCGAGGGACAACUCGUGAUGGCCAAUGUCUUGUUCUCAGGACCUUGAAAAUGUAUACAUUUCUGGUUCUCUUAAAGCUACAGACAUUCAAUUUUGUUGAAAGUCGCACUCUGAUCGUGUUAUCAGUGGUCUUUAAAAUGUGAUUAUGAAGUUUUUAGCCAAAAUCACAUUACCUGUGUCAUUUUCAAAGGCUUUUUUUUGAGUCGUGGGUGGAGACAGCGUUGCUCGUCUUUAAACUAGCUUGUGGCCUGACAUUGCUGGUGUAGUAGAAGAAGCAGGUAACAUAGGAGCUAUUCAGCUAUCAGACACUAAUGUCUUUGGGGACAUAAAAGCUAAUAUAAUUAGCUUUCUUAUGAGGAUUGCAAGCCGCUAACUCGCACGCUUGUUCUGCAAUUAUCCUCUAUACUUUUCCGAGUCUGGCCUGCAGAGCGGGGUUUCUGCAGGUUGAGCUUGGAUUUGUGACAUAGGAAAUCUCAAUGUAUCUGAACCUUCCAUUUGGGUCUGCGAGAGAUUCACAGUGAUUUAAACGCAGAAAUACUCAUACAUGCAAUUUUACACUUAGUUUUUCAUGAUAUGUCCUGUAGCAUCAGGAAAAUGCCAUAUGAACGUGUAGACAACAAAAGAAAACAUGAUUUUUAUCAGAGUAGGUCUUUAAAAAUAACAGAUUUGCAAUAUAACUCUCACUUUAAUAUUUGAGCUUUAUAAUGAGAACAUAAUACAGAGUAUGCAAGAAGUGCUUGUAAUGAUAACUUGGAACCGAAGACAAUCUAAAAAUGAACAUUUUUAUCAGUUCUUCUCCGCAGACACCAGACACCAUGUUUGUCAUAAGCGUAGGAUUAUAUAACUGCAGACCGUAAAGAUGCUGCGGAUUAAAUGGAGUCGGAGGAAGCAGCAUGUAGGUACACACUAUUUAUGGAAAUGCUUAUCUGAUCACCCUGGCUUGCAUUUCUACAUAUCUACGUAUUUAAAUUACACUGGACGUCAUUGACAGAUCCCUGUCUCCCAGCUUAGCUGCUGCACACAAGGACAACGCCAAUGAUCUCCUUCUUUUCCCCUCUGUGUCGACGAGGACCUAAUCCCUCUGUAAAACACUCACAUGCAGGGAAAGCAAAGCCCAGAUAAUGUCAGGAGGAGAGGCAUUUUCACAGCAAACAAAGAGUUGAGUAAACCGUGUCUGAUGUGUUCCGUACACGUUACUGAUCAGUGUAAACACUGUAUAUCAUUCACACUGCUGGGAUUCAUUUGCUGCACUGAGCCCUGUCUGCCAGUAGAGCUGUGUCCUGAAACUACACUCUGCCCCUUAAAUGGCGGGGAAAGAUUGUGCGGCGCUAAUGAACAGACAAAAUUUGUGGCGUUAAACUGUGACAAAAACUGUUUCCAUGGUACUGUCACUUUAAUGUUCAGCUGAUCGUUGAUGUUUGGCAAAAAUAAAAUGAGAAUUCAGUGGAUUUUGGGUUUUGAUGAUACUCCCUGGAGAGGGUCUGACCGCAAUGGUUGACUAACAACGGUUGGAUAUGCCAAUAAUCUUAUCAGCGCCUCAAAGCCACAUUAGAUAGUUUCAUCAGUAUGUUUAUUUUUGCCAAUGGGAUAACUCAUAUGGUACUGCACUAUUUAUGUGGGAGAGGGUUUUUACACACUGUUGUCUUUGGCAGCUGUUUUAGAUUAAGCCUGAACUUCUAUCCAAAAAAAUUCUAUUAUUGUAAAAUCUGGAAUAUAUGUCACACUGGUGUUCAAGAAACAGUCUAUUUUGGGGGGUCCCAGAGGGAUAGAGGUCUAAGACUUCAAUGGUGUUUAGCAAUGUGCAGUUUAUGUGCAACUGUGUAUCAGAGAAAAGCAAAUGGUUGUAUACUAUCAAGUGGAUAAACUCUGCAGAAUGCUGGUUUGACAUGCUAACUGUAGAAUAUCUUUCUUAUAUCAACAGGAAACUUUACAUUUGAAACUCACAUAACCUAGACAACAUUUGCACAUGCCCGGCUAUUUUCAUGAGAGGACAUUUCACCCUCUCUGUUUACAAAAAAAAAAAAAACAAACAAAAAAAAAAAAACUGUGUGUACACCACUACAUUUUUAGAAAAGUUUUCGUAUGCACUAACCCGUGAAUAUAUGCUGUCAAGAGCAUAUCAAACCUGUAGGUGGCAGUGUAGCGAAAAGCUCAAGCCCACGUUAGCCAAUCAGAAUCAGAGCAGCAACAAUAACAAUGUCCCUUCCUUCUUUCCCACGCACAAUCUGCUGUUUUUCUGCUGUUUUCUAAACUCUCUACUUCGGCCUGAGUUUUUUAAAAUGCAGCGUAUUCAGUGGGGUGGGCAAGAGAGAAAGAAACGGAAAUACACAGAUGAAUUGAUAGGUCAUGCGUAUUCAGCGUAUUCAGAGGCUAAUUCUCUGUUUGCAUCUUAUUGAAGGGUUCAAACAAUGGUGAAUGUCUACGUUUUUUUAAAAUAACCAGGUACAUUUAACGUCACUGACUUGCAUCAGGAAAGGAUAAAUAAAAUCGAGUGACAGGGCAGAGGAGAUUUGUACCUGCUGUACCUCUUAACUUACUCAGUCAGUUAGAUGAAUGCAUUACUCGUGUUUAGACAGCUGAAUAAGACACAGUGAGAAAAAUAACAUAGAUUUUAAGUGUCUACUGCCAACGUUUUUUUUUUUUUUUUUUUUUGUUAUUUAUGGGCAUUUUUGUGGGAGGAUAUGCAGGACUGUUAAGUGUCGUGGCCAGGGGUGUAACCGGUGACCACUGCAGCAUGGGCUGUAGCCUCUGUUUGUUGGGCUGCUAGGCCACCACUUAUAUUUCAGUCAUGUCUCGACAAAAACUAAACAUACUUUUAGUACUUUUAGUUUUAGCUCAUCCUCAUCUUCAUGUAGUCAAUCUUCAUUUUUAUUUCCAUUUGACCCAGCUGUUUCACUCGGAUGCCUAAAAUUCUCGCUACACUUGAACGGAAAAUGUGGUCAACAACCUCAUGAGGGAUAAGGAAGUCCUGUCCCGUGGCUUCUUGGCUGGCGAGCAUGCCAGGCGUCUGCAUUGUACCCUGGAGACAGCUCUAUCCUCUGGAUCCCAGGAGUGCUGCUCUGAGCAGGCUAUAAACAAUAAAGAGACUUUAUUAAUAGCUUCUCCAGCACCAUCAGCAUUGACAGACUGGGUUCCCCCCUCUCUCUCAGUCUUUGGAGCUGAUGGGAGGAGAGGAGAGGAAAGGUGAGGAGAGUGAUAACACUGCAGCGCUCGGCUGUUCCAUAUUGAUGCUAUUAAGGAAUUCCCUGCAGAGAUUUCCCAGCAGCCCCUGUCAUCAGAUUCACUGGUUUACAAACAGACUUGUGUGACAAGUUCCAUUCGUCUUUCAUAGCUUUUUUUUUUUUUAAUCUGCCUCAGAGCAUGACCUAUCAAUUCAUCUGUGUAUUUCCGUUUCUUUCUCUCUUGCCCACCCACCUUUCUUUAAUCACUGAACAUCAGCUGCCUCUGCAGUGUCACUGACAUUAGAUGUUGUAUAAACAACUUCCAAUGUUUAAUCUCCAACUCCCACUCUCAAUGUAAUCCCUGGUUUGAGAUUUAAGAGGGGUUAAAGUCCAACACAAACACACCAUUGCAACUCAGGCUAAUUUCCAACAGUUUUCCAAAUCGGCUUUCAGAUUCUCAGACGGCACAAAAGUCUUUAUGCUAGCAGGCCAAAGGGACAUUUGUGCAGCUGUUCUUGCUUGAAUUGGAGGUAGAUUCACUCGGGGGCAUUUGUAGUGCAAGAGUCGGCCAAACCCAAAAUUAAAUCAAACUAGUAGACAAAUUUUACAGCGCAGUAAAACUCAUAGCUCAGCAAAUACUGGAACUGGUAAUAGAAACGUAUUAAGAACCUGGUUUUCCAGAACACUGCAGAUCAAUUUAUACUUCUAAUGCCAGUUCAGAUAUUUCUACAAGCCCAUGAUGACUCACUGCCACCCUGCUGACCUCAUGGGGAGAAACAGGGGCAAAGUAGAAAAUGUCUUUGACGAUUGGAUUAUCUACCUGCACUUGGAGAGCUACAGGCCUGCGUGGGAGUAUUGAUCUCCCUGUGCGUGUAACCAGAGAAACUCUUUCUGCUGUAGGGCUCAACUGAGGCCAAGCCUUCAGUCCCAUCAGUCAUCUGAGUGCUUAGAUCCAGUCACCACUAAUACUGUCUGUCAUAACUGUGUGUGCAGUGUGUGAGUUUAUACUGUAACUGUGAUAACCACCUCUUGCAGCCAGGAUGCCCAGUCGAUUCCCUCUGCCAUCAAUUUGAAACCGUGGAUAAAUAUGGUUUGUUACACAGGCUGUGGCCGGGGUGUACAGGAGGGUAAAUCCACCUAGACUCAGUUUUCCACCUCAUCAAUCCCUCUGCAGGGUGAGGCCCUGCAAGGUCUUUGUCUGUGUUUAAGGCCAUCAGACAUGACAGAGAGGCAGGCAGUUGUUUUAUGUACCCCACAAGCACCUACAGCCUGGCAAAGGGACCCAAAGUAAAACCAAGAUCCACUCCAGAUUGACCAGGGGGAUUUGGUUGACUAGUGGGAAAAAUGCCAGGUUCUGUCUGAAGCCGGUCUGGUUCUGUGGUGAAUCCACUGCGCUGUGGACCUCCUGGUUCUCACCGUCUGCGAACCAUCUGCUCCCAAGUCUUGUCUCCUGUAAGAGGAUGCACACAGCAUUGGUGUUUGCCUCAAAUCCGCUCUGGAGGAAACUCAGCCGCCUUGUCUGUGGCACACUCAAGACACCAAAUAAUUCUGGUUUCUGGCACUCUUUAUAUAAAAGAAAGCACUUAAUGCUCAAGCAUGCGUGUGACACACAAUUUUAGUGUUUAUGCUUGUUGUUCCAAAAGGUUUAGGCCCUGGCGAAAGAUGCCAUUCACUUCUAAGCAUUUCAGUUACCCACUCAGCAUGAUCACAUCUGAGCCUUGCCUGUGUUUGGCUCGGGAACCCGACAUCCAAACACAUCUCUGGAUGUGUUUUUGUCAAAUGUAGCCUUCCACCAUGAGGCCAGCUUUUUUGUAAAACACAUGCAAGCUUUCAACUUGCGGCUAAUUGAUGGAGUGUGUUCUACUUGUCCCAGCAGAAGAGCUCAUGGUGCAGUUUGUCAAGCCAAACAACAACCAAGCUCUCCUCAAGUCCCCACUCUGCAGACAACCUAAGGCACUUUAGAACAGAGGUUUGCUCUUCUGUUCUCUCUUGUACUUAUCUCAUUAUUCCCAUCUAUGUUCCCUGGGUUUGCUCCACGGGAAGCCCAGACUCAUGGAAGAGAGAGCUGGAGCACAGAUGACAAGUCCUGUUCUGAUUUAUGCCACAGUGGAAUGACGGGUGGUGAUUAACGGCGAUCUCUGGCCUGGGUAAUAUUAUAGACAAUCCGGAUCAGUUCUUCCCGCCAGCGGGAGCAGAGUGAGGAGCGUUUUCCCAGGACAGAAGGAGAGCCCUAAUUGGCAGCCGCCCUGUCAUAGUGAUUAUGUGAGCCUCACACUGCAGCCUGUUGUGACUGGGGGAGGCACGGCUUAAUCUUCAUUUAAUAAGGCUGCUCCAUAGGGGCUGACACAGGAGCUGGUGGAAGGCCUGAGAAGUACCCUGCCUCCUUUGGACAGCAUGGACGACCUGGCUCUGGACACAAGGCCUUGGCUGAUGUCUUACUGGGACAAGCCCCCUAGUAACUACCACCCACUGCUGCACAGGCUUGCAUUACUCAUGUACAAUCCCACUCCCACAGCAGUUGGGACGCUGAGUAAAAUGUUCAUUAAAAAUGUAAUGGUUUGCAAAAAAUUUAAAGCUUAUAGCAAAUUGAAAACAGUACAAAGACAACCAAUCAAAUGAUAAAACUGACAGUUCUGAAUUCAUUUCAAAACAGUUGGGACAGGGACAAUGAAACAGUGAAUAAGAUACUAACGUGAAUGGGUUAAAAAACGAGCUUUCCAGUGAGGCUGAGAUCAAGAUCCGCUACUCUUUGAGAGACUGGGUGAGGAAAUGGUUCAGCAAUUCCAGAAUAAUGUUUCUGAGCAUGAAACCACAGUGUAUCCGAUGAUUUCAUCAUCUAAAGUACAUAAAUUCAAGAAUCAGAAGACCUGGAGAAACCACUUUACAAAAGGGACAAACCUCACAACCAAUACUUGAUAGCAGUGAAUUAUGACCCCCAGGCAACACUAAAUCAAAAACAGACAUGACUCUGUAGUGGAGAUCACUGCAUUGGCUCAAAAUCACAUCUAAAAACCACUGUCUGAGGUCACUAUCAAUCCCUGCAUCCACAAAUGUAGGUUGGAACUGUGCUAUGUCAAGAGGGACCAUAUGUGAAUAGUGAAUAUGAUCUGGGAAUGCCAGCAUCAUUAGGCUAAAGUGAAAACGAUUAAAUGGUCUGUAAAUUCAAGGAAAAACCCGUAGUCAAGGCUUAAGGCUCAUUUAUGUUCGCCAUACGUAUGAAAAUGUACGCGUCCAUUUCAAACGGUGGUUGUGUCACUGCCCACAUAUUUCCAUGUGUACUUUACGUUGACUAGGAUGUUAACCAUUACAUCCAUCGGGGGGAAGGCCAGAGUCAAAUGUUUCUGACAACAACAAACAAAAAGAAACAUGGUGACUAUGGAGGAGUUAGUGAUAAUGUAUGUUUUGUUUAGGAGACAGAAACAAAGGAAGCGUUGGAGGAGGUGGUGGUCGGUCAGGCCACCUAAUGUUUGCGGUUGGAGGAUGGAGAAUUCUAGUACCAGUUAAAGAAAAUUGAUGACGAUCCUCAAAAAGCCCUGUAAUUUUCUUCUUCGUUUCUCACUAGAGAUGCGUAUCGGGUAGUGACAGCAGCAACACUGCUCCCAUGGUUUCUGGUGGUAUUGCACUAUCUGGCCCAUAUCUGUAAACUUCUAGUAUAUGUGCAGAAAUAUGGACGAAAAUAACGUGAACCACAGACGGAGAGCUCCGUCCUAUCCAUAUGUAACGUUGAGCAUAAAUGAGCUUUUAGUAGUUAUAGAACAUGGCCUUAUAGAUUAAGAUGUGAAUAAGGGCUUUAUAAUGAGUUAAUAUGUUGCUAGUAAACAUGUUUGUUAACAACUACGUUGUGUGCCCUUUCUCUAAAGCGUUACUGAAUGAUGCCAGUUUUAAAGAUGAAGAAGCCUUGAAAAAAUACUCCUCUCCACUCACCAUGGAGCUGCAGGGCUGAGAUGAGUAUUUUGGAACAUUGCAGUGAGCAGUGGUGAAUAAGAGUAUGGCUUAAGAGGAGAGGCACAUCAACCUGUCAUUGACUUGGCCAGAUCUCUAGCAUCCCUGUGCCAAUGGCAGUUAUGGUCACCGCUGUGGUUACAGUCACAAAUUAACACAAGUUCUGUUUCAGCUAUCCCAAUUUUACAAAACUCUGCCGCAGAUUAUGCUUCGUUUUUGAACUCAUCUUCAUGCUUAUGUUUCAUAUCUCCUCCUAACCAGAAUAAAAUUGAUUAUCUGGGCUUGCGUCUGGACAGGCAGUCAACACAUGAUGUUCUCAACCCAAACUUUUGGGUGUUUUUUCUCAGCUUCUCAUGCAGUCGAGCUGUAAUAAAUCUUCCAUUCUAGGAGAAAGUCAUUACCAGAAGUGUCUGAGACUUUUCUGCUAUGGGUACAUUCCUUAUUAGGGGGGAGAGGACUGUGCUGGGAGCCAUGGGGAGAAGGAGGAGUUGGGGUCUCUGAUUAACUUCCCACUAAGUGCCCCUGCUCUCUGACCAAAAUAAAUAUGGCUGCUGUCACUUUGUCAGCAACUGUCUUCAGAGAGCAAUAUUUGAAACACCCCAUGAUCCCGCUGGCUUUUAUAUGGAGAAUCCAUCGUCAUACCACAGGCAUGAGCCAUAAACAUGUGGAGGCCUUUCAAAGACCAGGGGGUGGAGGGAUGGAAGGAGGGCGGUGGAAGAGGAGGGGUCAGUGGCGCUCAAUGGGGCUCCAUACUCCACAUUAUUGUCAUCUGGUCUUUUCCAAGCAGGAAGAAAGAGGAGGGGUGUGAGUGAAGUUUUUUUUCACACUAUUUGGCCUAGAUGAGAUGUGGUUUUGCAGAACUGCUUUUUGUAGACUCAUGUGCACACACAAAAUACAAGCGUGCAUUUGUACGCCCUGCAGUGUUGUGAAGUUUGCACUGACCGUCCGGUGAGUCCAUGCUCGCAGAAAUAGACAUGUUUAUAUUUAUGACGACAUUUUAAUGCUGAAUGGUUAUGGAAACAUGACCCGAUGGGGUCACUUCUAAGCGUGACAACCUGGAUAUCCUCAUACAUAUCGUUCAGUGUGACUUUGUCAAAGAGAGGCAACACUUCAUUAGGCGUCAGGCUUCCGUUGGCGUCAUCUGGCAGAGGAAAUGAGGCAUAUGGGUCUGCAUCAAAAACAGGAGUACACAAACAAACAAAGUGGCAGCAAAUGGGAGGGAUGAAGACAACAGAGGAGGAGGAGGAGGAGGAGGAGGAGGAGGAGGUUGGUGAGGGAAAGAUACUGUACAGAAGUGGAAUGUUUUCAUGUUCUCAUGCCCCACAAACGGGAGCUAUGUCCCCCCGCUGAGCAGAAUAUGGGCUGAUAUUACCCAUGACAUGGUCGGAGCCGUGAAGCGCACCUUCAGUGAGCGCUCCCCUGACAGACAGUUCGUGCUGACAUACCCUGUGAUUUUUUACAGCGGUCGAGACAUGGUCUGUGUCUUUACAGGGAUGGAUGGCAACAGCUUGUGAUGAGACCUUUGAAGUCGGGUACAUCUCAUGUAUGAGCAUGUUAUAAAAUAUCUGAUGACUUCCAGCCGGAAAAGUUCUUUCGAUAUAAUAAAAGCUGACCCCUGACCUCAGAAGGUGAUUGUUUCUUUGUUUCAUAUCAGAGAGUUGAGAGAAAAACUGACACAGGGAGGGGUGAAACGAUUUUACAGAGCAGCUUUAGGGGUGGCAAUCUGUAAAAUCCUACCAUGAAACCGGUUCACUUUGGUUCCAAUAAUAGUGUGUUAGAGGCUCUUUCACCCCAUCAGGACAACAUAAUUGAAGUUGUUAAACGUUUUUGUAAAGAUAUGGUGCACUAUAAUGAGAAUAAGGCACAAAUUGACCAGUCUGAGUUUCUCAGAAGCAUCAGUCCCCAUCGUCCUGACCUCGUGUGGAGGUAGACUGCUGUACUGGGCUUCUCACCUCAUAUUUAGAUAACCCAAGCUGUUUCUGUUUGACCGUACUGCAUCCCUUCACCUCUUCUCUCUGUCUGCCAGACCUCCAGUCCUGCACUGCUGCCAGCUCUCCUGUGGGCCGCAAAUGCUUUCAUCUCCACAUCUCCACCACACCAGGCAUGGGGAUGCUCACACGCACACACUUUCACACACGCACAUUAACACAGUCAGGGAGUAGGACUCACGUAACAGACACCGACAAACAAUAAAACAGACCUCACAGGCAGUACAAGUCACCGCAUUAUCUACUCUUUCUGGCCCAUGUUUCCAUUCAGUUUUCCUGUCUUUCACCCCAUCGACACUUUCUCAUUGAUGUAUCACAUAUCACAUAUGCAGGCCUGUCCAGCGAACAAUGUGCAUGCCACAGAGGAGGAUGUGUUCGCGUGGCGCAUAUUGUUAGAGGGAGUGCUGCAUGCACUGGAGUCCUGCCUCUCCAGUGGUCUGGCUGAGGAGAAAAGAAGGAGGGUGAGGAGCCGUAUGGGUGAGCCUGAAAACAUCUGGUGCACAGUUGCACUGGCUCAGCCACUAGAAGCCCCUCUCCUCUUCUUCACCCUCCACCCUCCUCCCCUGUCUUUCUCCAUCUCGGUGGGGCCUCUUUAUAGAGACAUCACAGCUUUUAAUUUCAGCUGGUGAUUCAGAGACAGGCUGCGGCUUCUGACCCACUCAUGACCAGGAUUGUGGACCCAGCAUACAGACAUGCAGACACAACAAAACAGCAAGUACAGACCUGCUGUCCCUCAGUUGAGUGUAUGUCUGUGUGUCUGGGUGUUUUGUUUGUGUGUGUGUGUGAACAGUGACAAAUACAGGGGGGAUGCAGACUGAAAGCACAGCCAUUAUAGUAAGUAAAGGCCAGGACAAACUUAGAGGGCUACGCUCUCAUCAACAGAAGAAAGAAAAAUGCUGAGGUGAUGUCAUGGGUUUGUGACUUUGGCUUAGCUGAACAAACACCGAUACAAGUCAGGGACCUCAAUACAUUUUCCACACUGAACAGAAAAAUUGCUCUGACAUGCUUGGAAAAGAGGCCAUCUACAACUUUGAAUUAGGCAAAAUCUGAAUUUAGGAUAGUCACAGCUUAACCUUACCUUUAUCCUAACCUAACCUCUAUCACCCUUUUAAUGAGUUUGCCCUUUCGGUAUCUGCAGUACAGCUAGUUUACAAAUGGACCUAUUGUGUCAUAUUCUAAAUAGGGCUGCACAAUUAAUCGAUUUUAAAUCGUAAUUGGAUUAUUUGAUUAUGACGAUGUUAAAAAAUUAAAAUUGUCAAAUCAAUUUUCCUCUCUAUCAUGUCUCAUGCCUCCAGGCCACCGUUGGUUCCCCAUUCCUGUGAGAAUGCUCCCCAGUUCCCAAACAUGGCUUUUGCAAAAGAAGGCAUGAUUUUGUGGCUAAAUAGGGCAAGAGCAAGUCAGUUUCUGAUGAAGAGCAAACCACUCCCCGCUGUAAAGUCUGUCUCAAGAGGGUAUCAACCCAUCCACACGGAAACAAAUUCAGGAGUAAACGCAAAAGUUUUUUUUGUUGUAUUGGCGUUUCAUCCACAUGGAAACAGCGUUUUUGGGUGAAACGGUACUUUUUGAAAACGUGUCAGAGAGUGCAUAAAUCUGAAAACGACUUUCAUCUCCGUACUCUUCUUCCGUCUUUUGUGCAUUUCCUGUGCAGCGUUACAGCGCCACUUACUGGCUUGGCAUAUGCACUACAUUGUUUUUAGUGAUUUCGUUUCGAGAGAUCAUAGAAAAACUUUUUUUUAAAAGUGAAGUUGGGUGAAGUUGUCACUAAAUAACCCAGAGUCAUUCACGAGCCUAAACAAAGUUUUGACCAUGACUGCCGACACAAGCAAGAAAAGGAAUUACAUACCGGAGACUCUGGCAGUAUAACGGGCGCUUAAAAAGCCGAGAAAGAGAAAAGAGAAAUAGCUAAAUGGCCGGGUCAACAUCGGCAUAAAUGAUGGGGAACGCUUUGGAAUCUUACGGACCCUGUAACCUUUCUGCUGGACAGGUAAACCGCUUUAACAAAGUAAGCCAAAAGUGUUUCUUGUCAAACGGGACCUGCUGCGUGUUGUAGCCACUAAACUGUUAACCUCGGGUGCUGGACUAUGUCACUUUAUCCUGGUUGGUUGUGAGGCUGGUUGUAGAAGUCCUGCAAACAUUGUGUUUGUUGGUAGUCUGUUGGCAUCUACAGUAGCACCAAUGUUUUUUAAUUUCACGUUGACUGGGCCCCAGUGGUAAUCAUCUGAAGUAUUUGUCUGCAUUGUAUCUGAAUUUAACUGAAAUGAUACGAGCGAGCAGGAGCGUCUGUUUGUGGGCGGGGCUUGCUGGAGCAGAGAGGGAGGGGAGAGGAGGAGCUGAGGGGAAAACUGGUUGGGAGGAGUUGUGUUUACAUUCAAGAUUUCUCCCAAAAACUGGAACCUCCUCAGAUCCUGCCUACCCCACCUUUAAGUCUAAAGUCACUUCAAGCUUAGCUAAAUGAUCAGUAGCUUGCAGAACCGCAAAGGCAACACAAUAAAAAUGUAAAGUAUUAAACAGAGCAACUCAGUUGCCUAUAAACUGCUCAUUGUGGACUUUGUUGAAUGCAGUUGUCAAAAGAAGGAUGCAUUAAACCCUUUUAUUCUUAUAAACACACUAAAACAAAGGAUGUGUUAUGAGAUAUGGUUCAAAAUUCAUCAUCCUUAAAAUGCAGUUUAAUUUUCCGAGUUCUCUUUCAGAUCAUUUUCAUUAUAAUUUUUUUCCUUGAGGAUAUAACAUAAUGGCUCUCCCAGGAAAAUCUCAAGACAUGAUUGAGUGGUGACUGUCAUGAAACUCAACCCACUCCAGGUACCAUAUCAAAUCCUUUCCUACAUAAACGCUUUCCUUCCCGCUGGGUGGCAAGGUUCAGGAUCGUGAUCCCGACAGGCCUUGAGACUUUUCUUUCAGAUUAGUGAGAGCUUAAGUCUCCCUUUGAUUUGAUUCCUUUUCUCCUUCCUCGACUGCAUCUCUGACAGAUGCUGCUGCCGUCUGGAGUACACAAACCUCUCCUCUGUGAGGUGAGACCCUGAAAUGACCGUUGAAAUUGCACUGUAAUCAUACACAGCUAAAAGAAACAAGAAAAUGUCUGCCAUAUGCCUCAGAGGCCUCUGUUUGUGUUUUAGUGAAUUGAAGGGGGAUUAUUGACAAGAGUUGGAUAGACGAGCUGAGCUCCGGUGACUCUCAUUGCCCGUGUCUGUGAUCAGAUCUGUCAGAGCCACUCAGCUGUUUGUCUGGCUGGUGUUUGACAAGUGUUUGAUGCAGCGCAGGCCUUAGAGAGGAUAAAGCCUUUCCUGAAUUGGCUUUACCUCUCUCCCCUGUGCAACAGGAGCUCUGUGAACACAUCAAACACACUCCCCCCACCCUUUUCUUCCACGGUGAACCAACAAACUAUUUUUAUCAAAAAAUAUGUGCAGUCUGUUGGAUCAUCAGAGGAGACAGAGCAACAGCGCCCUUUGAGAGUUAGCUGAACAAUCAAAGAAAACAAAAAAGCGCCAGCCAGACUUGAUUCCCUCAUCACUGGCCAUUGCACGGGGAUUGCAGCAUGAUCCUGACGGCCCCUGUCUUUGUUUUAGUGUCUAAGCCCGUCUGACUUAGCUUGGCUCCCUGCUUGUUAGGGUCUGGUCCUGUUUUGGGACAGUUGUGCUCCACGUCCAAACAUGUGAGGGAUUUCCUCCCAGGGUUUCCUAGUAGGGAGAAGGGGGGAUAAAAGGACUUGUGCAGAAAUGAGAUAUAAAGAGGGAAUCAUGCCGGAAAAUUUCCUCCUAUAUCCUCCAUGUUCCCUUACAGACCCACAGAGACCAAGAGGAUGCAGAGCAUGUGGAAUUAAAGAAUGAGGAGUUUGUGCAUGCACAUCUACACCCAUGCCAAAAAUUCUGUUAUGCAGGAACACACUGUAAUGUGCAUGAUGGAAAUGGUGACUGUGUGCCUUACACAUGGUCACCUUAUCCUUUCAUUCUUAAAAGUUAACCUCCGAGCUACUGUUGCUAAAUCUUUCUAGCUUUCCAUGGGACAUAUGCAGUUCAUAGUUUAAACCUUAAAGAUGUACUAUUAAACCGUGGUGACCCCUCCUUCAAGCCAAGAGUCAGUUUUUUUGUUGUUGUUAUUUUUUUUGUAAGAAGCAAGAGAAGAAUGGAAAGGACAGUCAACUUUGCAAAUGGGGUGUCCUCAGGUUGGCAUUGAGACCAGUCAAACGCCUUACCACUGUUGUUAACAAUAGUUUAAUGUGUACAGGAUCUGUAUUAAACAGAGACACCUCCGAAGGUCACAAAUUGUGUUGCAUUGACCAGGGGUCACUGGCAUACCUGUCAACUUUUGGUUCGGAAAAUAAGGGCCAACACAUCACUAAUAUUUUGUGUCUAUUUCUGCUUUAGGAAAGACAAUAACCUCCUGUCUUUUUCUAGAAAUGCUCAAAUCCCAGUAAGCUUGUUUCUAUGCCUGAGUUAUGAUCACAUUCCUGGAAAUGGAAUAUCAUAAACCGUCAAUUAUAGAUGUGUUUACUGACUGACAACCUUUCCCUUUCCUCUCUCUUAGAGACCUUUUGCAGAAAUCCCCUUACUCAAGGUAAACCUUAUUGCGUGCCCCCCCGUUAACAACCAUUUUAUUCCUCUACAUUAAGUGGGUCAGGGCUCUGUAAUGCAGAGGAAGUCCUGAAGGUGCAUUGAAGGGGGCUGAGCCAGGUAAAUCCCUAAGCCGUGGCGCUCUGUUGGGGGUAGAUCCCCCUUACCUGGAGGCCGAGACAUAUUAUCCUGAACAGAUCCUGGAAAUGCAGAUUUACAUCCUCAGAUAAAUAAAAAGUGUUCCAAAUAUUUUUUUAACAGCAACGAGAGGAGGUUGCAAAACAUAUUUUGUAGGAUGUUUUUUUCCCGUCUUGGACCAUUGUUGGCAUGGCGGGGGGGUUGGAGUGCACAGUUAAUCCUGGUGGGGUGCUGGUUUACACAGAGGAGUGAGGGACUUGUGAGGUCCUCUUAAGUGAGUGUGUUUUAUUCUAUCCAUGAACGGAUGCCAAGAGGAAAAGGUAGAGUGUGUAAAAGAAGAAACACGGCUUUUAUUGGCUUUUACUUCUUAAUGGCACAGCGAUGAUACGGAGCGGCAUGGAGCUGCUUCAGUGUGAAGACAGGGAAACAUAGACGACAGUUACACCAAGAGAGCUGCUUGUUAUCAAAGAUUGAAUCUAAGAAAAUAAAUCUGUGUUGGAUCUUGAGUCUGUUUUAAAUGAUUCAUUUCAUCAGCUUAGUGCAGUACACUUAUUGGAAACGAAGAUGAAUGACUAUCAUAACUCGGUGAGACACUUCCUGCUUUAUAUCAAAGCAUAUGGGAAUUAUAACGUGGAUCAAAGCCUUUAAAGCAUUCUCCGUAAGAUAAAGAAGACAUGACAAUCAAUCUGGAUAACUGUGGCCUUUUUCUAUCUUUAAUUGAAGACAAACAGAGAUCACAUGUGUCGGAGCUUUUCAGCUUUUAGGAAGAAUUUGCUACUGUCUAUCCACAGCAGCUCUCCUGGUCUUUGUGUAUGUGGUCACACUCUAAGCCACUCCCUCCUUUUCUGCAGCUAUCUCCGGCUCUCCCUGCCUCGCCCCCAUGCACACACAACAAAUACAAAAACAAACAGACCCACUCUAGCGGCGAGUUUUCAGGAACGUCGGCGCGGGGCCUCCCUUUGAUAAGUGCUGAGCUUUAUAUUUUUCUCAUCAGAAAUGAAACACAACAUUAAGCCAUUCAUUAAAGUCAACUACAGCUAAUUAUCCCUCAUUUACCCAAGAGCCCACGGGGCAGGAGAGCCCCAUAUACUUAGGCCCAGAUGUGUCGAUGAGUCAGUUGGGAGAUAGCAGACCGCAGAGGGGGCUGCUCACUUCUCUCUGAGUUCUGUGGUUUCGAGGCGCAUCAGCCUCAGCAGGCCGGCCGUGCUGCCUGUUCACUGCCUGCCUGCUGACGUUACCCCCAUGACACCAUUAGCUUUGUAAAGCCACCGCCAUACUGCAAGGAUCCAUUUAGUGGGGGGAAAAAAAAGUUGAUAAUGAUCAGUGAUGUGCCCUAAUUCAAAACUGAAGAAGAAAUAAAAGAGAGGAUCUUUAAUCUCAGACAGUGGCUGACUCAUAAACAGCAGGUUUCCAUUUGAGUUACCUCUCAGUGCUGCAGGGGGCGACAACGUGCGUUCAGACCUUUGCUCUGAGCUACAAUUUUUGUAUUUCGGCUGGAAGUGGUUAAACCGUAACAGUUGGCAGGAGGUCAUAUCCCAGAAACCAUAUUACGUCAUGUGAUUUAACUCCUCAGACCUAAUUUCUUCUUCUCUGCGUCAAGUAACACCAGACAUUCAGAAAUAAUGGCUAACCACUGCACUACCGGGACGAGGAAAUCAAGCUGUCUUGUUGCUGAGUGCAGCUGUCUCAGGAUGAGGUACUGCUAGAAAGGAGAUAGUAUUUGGUUUUCAGAAAACUUCAUUGUACCCACCUUGUAAGGUGGAUUUGAAGCUCUUUGAAGAAAUUAAUGUAGAUACAACAAGUAUUUUCACAAUUUCAAUUGAAUUCUGAGUCUAGGUCCUGCCCAAGGUUUCUGCCUGUUAAAGGAGGUUUUUCCUUGCCACUGUCACUGAUGUUAGAUGAGAUCAAAACUGUCCCAUCUUAAGGCUGGGUCUUGGUGAUUCCUCAAACAAUGACUGUGGUCUAGACCUGCUCUUUUUUGGAAAGCGUCUUAAGAUAACGACUGUUGUUAUUUGGUGCUAUAUAAACAAAAUUAAAUUGAUUGAUUCUUCAAAAUAAUCUCACCAAGGUUGAACUGAUUGAUUGCAUAGUAACUUUCUAGCUUUAAAAAGUAACUUAUCUAGCAUAUAUAGGUCAGUCCUGUAAGCCAGUGCAUACAAAUGAUAUUCUAUUUGGUGUUGCAGAUCAGGAAUAUGCUCAAUAAUCACUUAACUUUCAGAGUCACGAGUCUCUUAAACUUUGCUAUUCCACAACUGCCCUGAAAGGGGGAGAUCUAUUAUCACAACAUCUCUGUACUCAGACAUUGGACUUCCAUACAGGACAUUAUUGGUGCUUGAAAUUGGUGCCUAAUUACACAUCUCAUGGGGACACAUUGAUGUGAAUAUCCCGCCUUGAGAUGGCAGUUGUUUGGGGCUUUCUCAAACUAGUCCACUCUUCCACACAGUAAUGAAAUGACCUUCGUUUAAGGUCACACCCACAGCUGAAUGUUGCACCCUUUGCCAAAGUGUUGGAAUCAGAUACAGCUGCAAGCUUUGGACUCCUGUGAGUGAAUGAUGCUAGUGAUGUAACCAUGGUAACGUGUCAAACAAGUGAUUAAUAAGUAUUGAACAGGCCCAAAAAUUACUACAAAAUAUGAUUUAAAAAACACAAUUUUUUAUUAUUAUAUUAUUUUAUUGAUAUUUAGUUGGUUAGGAUCGUAUCGUCUGACCUUGACAUUACAUCCUCAGAAUAAUGAGGUUGUUUUCUAUGAUUCUGCUUAUAAACCUUUACUUUUCUGUAUCCACAGUAACUUGUGAGAGGUAAAAGCUGUGGGUUUAAGCCUUCUGAAUAGCCUAAAAAAACUUUUGACAGAGUUGGACUGAGUAUUGAAGAAAGUUUUUUUGAAAAGGUUUUUCUCAACAACUUACUGAUUGCAGUUUUUAAUGGACUUGCUGGACAGUGGUUGUACAGUUGUUUUUAAUAAGAUGUUAACAUUUACAGAGAGUGAAAUUCUCUGUAUUAACGUGAGGAGUACUUAAGGAUUACAGUGCCAUGUUGACACGCCAGCAUCAAAGUGGAUCUUGGAAACCUGAGCAAUCGUGCCCCAAGUUUCCAAUUUGGAAAUCUGACCUGAAGGAUUAUUCAAUUUAAGUUUCCCUAGUCCAUUAAGAAGUAGUUAUUCCCAACUUUCCAACUUUUCUGAAACCCUUCAUUAGUAUUUAAGUGAAGGUGUGGUAGAGGAAAUAGCUCUGGAAAGACGUGUCUUUCUCUGUGAGCUGUUUGGAUGUUGCUCUGAUUUUACAUCUGCUGUAAAAAGGUUUCUGUGUGAUAACCUGCCUUGGAGCUCAAAGAGAAAUAGCCUCUAGUUAUAACAUGUAGCAGCGCUUGGCUUCGAACCCUGAAUAGAUGUAGAGGAACUUUAAUGUGCAGGUCAUCAUCUGUUCUGUUCUUCCAUCCUGGGCAGGUUGUGGCUGCUAGCUCUCUGGAGUGAUCGACCUUCUCCAGAGGGGAAAAAACACGCUGUCUGCCCCAACCAUCAGCUAUAUUAAUCAGCAUGCCAGUCAUGCAUGUUUUGCCGGGACUUCUCCGCUUAGAGACGUUAAUCUCCGAGUCGGGUUUUCGCUUUAACUUAUUGUCAGUGAGACGAAGCAUCAAAGAGCUGAGCGGUGAGCUAACCUGCUUUUAUAAUCUCUGCGCAGAUCCUCCGUCGGGUCAUAGAUGAGAAAAUAAUGACCCACCUAAUCCCAACAUUAGCUUUUUAAAUCGGAAUGCGUAUGUUUUAAAUCAUUCUCGCCUCGCAGCGUGGUGAUAGUAAGCAGAGCAUGGGGGAAAAGGGAACGACAGGAUGAAAGAGUGAAUGAAAGAGUGUGAUCCAGAGUAACCUUGUUAGGGCUAAGUGACGCUGUGCAGAGAGCCUCUUGUCAGUUGGUUGGCAAGAUGAGCUUCUUGUAAAUGAUUGUCCUCUCUGUCAAAAGGCUGAUCUCUUUUUUCCUACAUCUGACGUCUGUGCCUCUGCAGCAACACUCGCCAGUAGUUUUCCGCCUUAUAUUGUAGCUUUUCGACUCCUUCCAGGUCUGAAUCUGUUACAAAUUUUGGCCUUUUUACACUUACAGUAAGUAUUUUCUCAUCUGUAUCAUGUUCUCUUCUCCCUUAAACACCGAAUCGCCCGUCAAACACAAAGCACCGUUAAAAGUUUCAGCCAACCUCUGGCCAACGCCUUCAUUACGUAUGGGUCACUAAAGGUCAAGCCACUGUGUCCCACCUAUAAAUCACGUGAAAACCAAGUUCAGCAGCAGUAUAGGCCAGUGUCAUGUCCGUAACCUUUUCCCAGACAGAGGAGUUGUCGGUGUGUGAGUAAGAGGGCACAGGCUGACUACAGAUCCUUUCCCCUUCACAGCAUUAUAAAUGUAUGUGUGAGGAGGCCCUUAAUGGCUGCUAAUCCAAUUUCUGCCACUGAAAUCAAAUCUCACUGGCGCCAGUAGUUCUCUCCUUCCCUCACAAAUAAUGGCCUUCGCUUUGGUCUGUUUAUGAAAAAGACAGGCCGCCAAAAAUUCCAGCUUUACCUUUCCUAAGUCCGCCCGAAUCUUCUUCAAAAUUGUUUGGAUGUUUUCUUUUUCUGCCUGCCCCCCCUUCAGCAGCGUCCUAUGAAAGUUAUUAAUUGAACGUCUGCGUCGAGUGGAGGGAUGGGGUAACAGGAGAGUUUUCAGCAGUACAGGAUCCCAUUUACCGUACGUCUUAAUGCCUUCUCGAGGUCAGCCAUCGAUUUCUCUCAAACCACAAGCAAUGGAGAUAAGAUUAGGACUUCGAUUCCUGCGCUGCCGCCGGAGCCGUUAGUGGAUGAAAUCACUUGGCCUGUGCUGACAGUCGGUGCAUUGCUCCUUUUUUUGGCAGGUCAUGGCCUCUGUGAUUAUAGGGUAACAUAUAGACAUCCCCGCAGAAGCCUCAGGACUAGUAAAGAAAAUAUGAUUCAUUUUGAGCAGAGAGAGAUCUUCCAAAGAGUACCAGGUGACAAAAAAACAAACACAUGAGUUCACUGGAAUAUGACACUGCUGUAUUAUGCAGACUUUCUCUUCCUCUCUUUUUCCUCACUUUCUUGAGUUCGGUCCCUUUACCAGAGGCACAGUUAUUAGCUCUGACACAGAUGAAGGAACUUUGGCUUUGGCUUCCUUCCCCCUGGAUAUGGAUUUGACUGAUUAUCUUUCAGUGCAUCAGUUGGACAAGUAGUCAUAUUGCCAUUCCACGAGGAGAUAUUAUCCCGGAGUGCGAGCCUAAUAAUAUGAUACUUCUAAUAGCGCUUAACUCUCAGUUGGAACGCCACCAUGCAGUCUUCUUGGUUAUUGCUGAGAGCCUCAAACAGCAUCACCGGGACGCAGAGAAGGGGAAAAAUCAGAGGGAGAAAUGAUGGGGAAGAAAGAGAAAAAGCCAUGGAUCCCGACUGGCUUUGAGAGGUUAUUGAGGAACGUCCUCCACCACACUGUAUGCAGAGGAGUUUAAUAUUUCCUCGCUCUCUGGUUUGGCAGCUGAGGAGAUUGGAAAUGACACUAAGUAUUUCUCAACUCUGAUAGGUGAUAGAGGAGCUUCCAAUCACUGACACAUGGGCCUAAAGGGCAAGUUCGUCAUUCUCAAAUGUGUGCGCUCACUCACAUGGAUUUAUAAUAGAAUUCCACAAAGGUCAUUUUUGACAGUGGUAAACAAGGAUCUCACCGCAGGCUCUGCUUCUGAUUCAGAAAUACAAAACAUUUUGAUUUGCUCUUGACUUUUCUGUUUGUUUGUUUGAUUAACUUUUCAUUCGGAGCCUGAAAGCAAACGUCAGGCUGAGCAAGAAGACGAUUGUAUCUACCAAGGAAAACUAAACAUUGGCGAAAUUGUGGUUUGCUGUAGUGAUGCAGCCAGAACGGAAAGACAUGUAGAAAGAGGGUUUAUAAUUUUCUGAUAAAAGACAUGCUCUUCUGAUUUAGUUCUUACUGUUCCGGUUAGGACAGAGAAAACAAAGACACAGAUUGAUUCUGGACCUGCUGUGCCUUCCAGGACAAAAUUAUCUUUCAUGCUGAAUGAUUUGUGAAUUUGCUCUUGGUUUUGAAAGCUAUUGAGAUGACUUAAUCAUUUCUUUCCAGGCAAAUUAAACAGUUUCCUCUGUGAACCCUGGUAAUCAGCUUAAGUGAUUACAGUGGUCAUAAAUAUGAGAUGAUGAAAGUUCAGCGCCUGGUGCCCCGAGAAAAGACUAAACGGGUAGAUGUGACAGAACAUCUCCUUAUGUCUGUAUCAGAUGCCGGGGGAAGGGGUUUAUGUGGGGAUUGGUUGCCCUCUAGCUGCGACCACUGAGACUAGGUUAUGAAAUAUGGUCUGAAAUUGUUAUGGAGGUGAGUUCAUGGAGUGUAAGGGACUUUGAGUUGAAGCUUUUAACACAUUGAAACUAUAAAAUCAGUUUCUCAUGAUGGAUAAAGGCAGAGUGUGGAGCAAAUGUGCAUAAAGUCAGCGCACUCAGUCUCAAAGCUUGAGUUUGAACUUUUAUAACAGUGAUGAUUUAAGUUAUAGUCUUUUACAUUCACUUUCUUUUCAAAGAAAACAGAUAAUACAUCAAAGCUCUGUCCCUAUUUGACAUGCACAGUGUGAGCACAUGAAUCAUGAGUUUUGUUCAUGGUUCACUCCUACAAUGUAGCUUUGCCCUCUACCACAACUUCAAAAAAGUGUAGUGUUCACCAAGCCUGAGACUGCUGAGCUAGCUGCGCCUCAGCGUUUAAGAGCUGUGUGCAUAUUCUGUUUUACUGUACCCUUUGGAUUGGAGCCUUUUGCACUCUAGUGCACUUUAUUUUUGAUAAAACUGUCUUGCUUUUCUUUGAAAAGAAAAAUCAAAGUAGAAUUUGUGUGAAAAAUUAACCAAUAACUGAACAACCAUUACCCUGUGGAUAUUAUUUUUUCCCUCCAAUACAGGGGGGCAUUUAUUUUAUGUAUUUUAUUUUAUUUAGCCUUGUUUUUUUUUAUGACUAAAAGUGGAAACCCCUUUCGUCAUCGGUCUGGGAAUCUCUAGUGGAAUGACUUCCUCCACAGUGGAGAAGCCUCAUAAGUUGCCUCUCUGCCAUGACUGUGUCCUCUAGGAGGCUCAAUCUGUGCAGGUGCAGGUGUAGGGCUCAGAGGUCGUUGAUCGCCUUGAUGCACCACCCUGGAGAGCUUUGGCAGAACAGUCUUUUCUGCCAGAGCCAAUCCCUCUUUGAGGAGCAUCUUCCUGAAAAACUGUCUAUGCAAAUCGUAUCAUCUUGCAUAUCAGGGUACCUCUUCUCAUUGGUGUAUGAAGAAAUUGUGGGUAGGGGGAUCUCAGUGGAGUCAGUUCAGGAAACAAACAUGACAAAUCCAGGUUCUUUCUACGGAGAGGGUCUUCUGCUUCUGAAACUCUGGUUUGGUGUUUGCAUAACUUGAUGGCAGCAGAAACUCCCAAGAAGCUACCUUCUCAUCUGGGUUGUUGUCGUCAUCCAGACAAGAGAACACAGUGUUCCUCAUGUCAGGGGACUUCUUGCCACUUGUUUCAUCAUCGACUUUCCUGAUUUUUUUUUUCUUUUUUAUAAAUGUAGUAACAAUAAGAGAAACAGGGGAAUUCAAGCACAGAUAGAACUUUGUUAUUUACGUUGAAAAGAAGUAUGAAUAUAUCAAUAUUGGGAUCAGUAAAAAUGUGUAUGAAAAUAUCGGCAUUUAAACAAGACUCUGAUAUUUUGCAGCCCUAUUUACAGGACAUUAGCCAAAUGAACAAGUACCCCUAACAUGUCAAUACUUCCUAUUUGACAUUGAAAAAUGACUUUGUACGAUUUACACUCAGGUAUUAUUAGGGUCCAGUAGCAACAUAGUCUAAUACUAGCAGGUUGAUUUUAAAAUAUGACUGAUAAGGCUAGGUAGCCAAUCAUAGGUUAGGUUUUGGGGGUAUCCAAUGGUCUGGCCGGUCAUAUUUAAAGGGAUUAUGGCCUUCUACCCCUUGACUCCACCUCCGGUUCUGUUCUGUAAGGAAUAACUUAAAAAAAAAUGGUCUCCGGAUCCUCUCCCCACUCCUGAACUAGCUAGAAACACUGAUCCUUCACAUAAAGUGUUUGCAAAUUGCAUAGUUGUUUUAAAUUGAGUUUUGAUUUUUUUAUUUAUUUUUCACUUUAAAAGCGGCUCAUGAAGAAUUUACAUGUCACAGAGAGGGUCUGAUUCUGCACUAUGUACUUAACUGCCAUCAAAUGUAAUCCAUCUGAAGUUGAGUCCUCUGAAGCUGUGGUUAUCGGGCAUCUAAAAACACAGUUUGAGAGUAAAUGACCUCUUUUUAGGAGCAGUUAGGAAAAUGAAGCCAUCGGCCAAAUGCCUUUUAACUCCAAAAUUACUUUAACAAACAUUAUCAUACUGUUAGUCAUGCAAGAAAUCCAAAGUGGCAUUACUAAGGCAAGUGCACAAAGUGCCCUGGUAAUGUUUUUCGAUUUACGUGUGUUAAAUUCUGAUGGAAGAGAUGUGAAAGCUGUUUUCAAAGGGUGAUUUUAACAAGAAGCUGUGUGCAAGAAACUUUAUAGCUAUGGCUCAGAUUGGAAAUGUGUCUCAAAAUAACAAGAUUAGAUUAAUUGCAGGAAAUAGCUCUUAGACGGUUUGAUGUUUGCAUGCAUCUGUAUUUUUCAUUGGGAGACCCUAUUAGCAGAGCAAUACCUCGCUUUCUCAAGCAUGUCGGCUUAGACGAGUGAAUAUUUUCAGAUCUGCCUCAUAGCUCUGAGACUGGGAAAUGGGUCUUUUGUAAGGGUGCUUGAAGGGCCACGGCAAUGCCACCAGAGGAGGCAAUUAAAGAUAAUGCCAAAUUUUACACACCGUUACCUAUUCUUCGUGAGAGCACCAGCUUGGACAAGUGCAGUAUUAUGACUCAGAGUGAGCUCAGGAAACAACAGGAGUCAUUUAUUUUAGCACUUUCUCGUGCUUCUCUCCUCAGCGAACCGUGGUGUAGCUUGUUCUUUUGUGUUCUAGAUCAGGAUCCAGAUAGCGUCCCAUCAUCCAAGCCUUACUCCACUUUUCCCCCAUUAGAUUUUCUUUUCCCUUAAAUUCCCUCACACUCACUCCCCCUCGCACACAUACAUCUCGCACACACACCUCGUUAUCUUAUUUGUGGCCUUGGCAGCCAGAUUGUUGCCUUGUGGUUCGGUAGCCGGAGUUUUCUCUGUCACAGAGAGCCGUGGGUGCAGAACCUCCACCGCACAAGCUUCCAUGAGUGCAGGAAGUAAGCUCCCAGCAUGCUUUGCCCAUCCCAUUGAAACCUGGGAUGGAUUAACCUUGGGCUUGAGGACUUUUCCAACUUGGAAAGAGGGUUAUGCAACGUCCCGUACUUAUCUCCCCUAUCUAUUGCAGUGACAGUUAAAAGUGUUGGGCUGAGAAGACAUUUGUUAAAAACAAUCUUUAGUCCAGAAGGGUUGGAGCAAGUGAAGACCACAUAUCUGAUGCUGCCUCAUAUGAUCUUUACUUCUGUACACCAUUUAGUCUUCCCACUGGUAUAAGUUUCACCUCUUGUAAGCUGUUAUUUUUGGCGACACAUACCGUCAGAAACACUGACGCUCUCAAAAACCUUAAAGUGUGUUUUCUCGAACAAGUCUUACACUAUUUUUACUUAUUAUCUGGAUAGGGUGUUAAAGUCCAAGCCUCAUGUCCUCAUCCUGAGAACCUUCACCCCAAAAUCGCCUGUGUGUAGUCCAUACCACAGAAGUCGGUUGCAUGCAUGAGCUUUACAAACUUCUGUUUCACAUUAAAAGAAAUAAAAAUUGGGCUCAUUAAUCUUGUUGCACCCAUCAGUAUGCUGCAUCAUCCCACUAGCGGUUGUGGGAUGAUCGGGUUCAAAUUCAACAUUGCUAAUAUGCCCCGACUUUGAGUGGACCUGAUGAAUAUUCAGAGUGCAAGGAAUAGUACUAAAGCAAUGUUCCUAAUGCACUAAAAGAAAAUGUGCCCAGCGCAGCACCACACAGCUGCCAACAGUCUCUUAAUACGAGGGCCAGGUCAAUGAGGUUGUAAGAUGGAACAACUGCAUGGAUCUUUUCACAAACAAAAUACCUGAUCACUUCUGACGUUCUGGUUGUGUUUUUUUUUCUUAUCCAGGCUUAAUGGUUUCUGGUCAUUCUCCUCAUAAAAACUUAGCCAGUAGUAAUUCACAUUUUGGUCCAAAAAGCAGGAAAUUGGUGAAAUAAAAGUAUGGUAGAUGCAUGCAGAGCCAGAUUGACUUAUUACAUGGUCAAGGAUCAUUAACAAGAUUGGAGGCCUCCAUCCUAAUACCCCAGAUAUGUAUUUUUAAACAAUAUAAUGGCUAUGAGGUAACUUAUAGGUAUAGUUUUUAAUAAGUAAAACGAACUAUCUUGAUUCAAAGGCUUAAAUCAAGCAAGAUAUGGAGGUCAAAAAAUGACUGUGAGACUGGAUCUUUGGUUUACCAUUGGGAAUUUAAAGUUUUUAUAUUUUAAUUACUUUUUUAAAUGAUGUUCAGUCAAUUAAAUAAGCAUUUAUAAUAAAUAGCCUGAUUGUUGACCAGACAGCUUUGAUCUUUGAGGCCGAAACCCUGAGAGACUUCGCUUCGUUACUGUCAUCUCCAUGUGCAAAGAAGUUUAUGCUUUUGGGUGGUGGGACUAUGACUUGAGGCUGACUAUUAGAAGGAAUAACCACUUUGUUUUUUCUUGAUUCCUCUCCAGGCUCAGGGAAGCAGCGGUCCAAAGAACCAAAGAAGAAGAACAAGCAGAGGCUGCGGUUGCGCGCCCAGAACCAGCACAGUGACCAUUUGGCCUCUGCCCGCACCAGCCAGUGAAAACUGACCCUACAGACUUCCCAUUGAACAAAGAACCAACGCAAAGCUGCUAGCCACUGCUGCACCCAUAACCUGACUGACGACUAUCACCAACCCUACCCAAGCCCCCCUCCCCCACUUCUCCCCUUCACACCAGGACACAAUCAUGACUCACAAAUCCGUCACUAAGAAAAAAAUAUGUCUAACGUGCGAUAUCAGUAUCACCACACUAAACACAUUCUUCAUGCCUUCACGCCUCCCGCUGCUUCUCCCCCCUGCUGCAGUGACCCGCCAGGUGACUCUGUUCUCUCUGCCCCACCCCUCGCCUAGCCUUGUGGACCUUACAGUUGACAUUACUGAACUCAUUUCCCGUCAUUAACAAUGUCAUUAAAUGAGCAGGGUGAUGGAAGACGGAGAGGCAACCAGAGACUGUGGGGGCGGGAGAGCCGGAUGAAGGGAGGUGGAUGGGAGAGUUGGUGAGGGAGCUGGCAAGCCGAACAGCUUGCGGAAAAGAGGGGGCAUGGGAGGAUGAAGAAAAAAAGGCAGAUGAGGAGACAAAGGAGAUUUGACUAACGCAAAUGAUGCUGAUGGACAAGAAAAUGGCAUCUUGAACUGAAAGAGACUGUUUUUUUGUUCCUAUAUAUUUAUGUCAAAACUACCCUCACCUCCCCCCUGUAAAUGGAGAUGGAGUGUUCCCAUGUGUGGCCUUUAUGUUCUGUACAUUUUUGAGAGUAAUAUUAAGAAAAAUUACCAUGCAUAGUUGCAAAAUAUUUUAUUCUCAGCACAAACUGUUUACGUUUGGACCGCUUUAUGCUCUAACUGUAUAGUGUGGAUAAAAAAGAAGAAAUUUAGUUGUUUGACUAGCAUGGCAAAAGACUCAUGUGUACAUAGUUUAUCUAAUUAAGAAAGCUUAUUACUGUAUUUUCAGUAUUGACUCCUUCAUUGUUCUAAAUGUUUUAGAGAUAAAAAGGUCAUAAUACCAAGCUACGGAUGAAAAUGAUUAAAAACAAAUAAUAAACAUAGCCGCCACAUAGCUAUUUCAUUUAUAUGGUAUAUAUUUGAUUUAUUUAUUAAUUCUAUUUUGUACUUUAUUUGUUCAGUGAGAGUUUUUGCCUCAUACUGUUACUCUUAUAUGCUGAAAUACUCUUUGAGUUCCUUAUAACAGUGCAUAUCUUUAACACGUGGAAAAAGGUUUUUGUCUGAUGUCACGCAGUGUUGUGUUACGUUCAUUUGACCUCAUCUACUGAUUUCAAUGUUUUCAAGAAGAAGAAAAAAAAAGACAAAUACAACUAUGCUUUAACACAUUCUAGGUUAAAUAAUUAGGAUCCAGCAAAUGUAUGGUCAUAGGACUGCAUAUGUGUACAUUGUGUUUUAUUAAAAUACAUUUCAUGUGACUGUA